AUGGGGCUGUAAGUGAGGAGGACACUCUGUGGAGAAUCAAGAGUCUCCAUAUACCUUAGAGCCUGCCAGCAGAGAUGAAGACGAAAAACUGGUUCAAGCGCCCUCAAGGGUUGGGAAAUCAGGAACUGGUAUGAACAACGUUGGACUUGUAAUGGUAGUGGAGCAGAAACCAGGUUCCAAUUCAAACUGAGUCAUGAAACUUGGGCCAGUCAUUCUCUCUCAGACUAACCUACCUCACAGGGUGGUUGUGAAGAUAGUGUUGGGUGUGUGUGAGAGAGAGAGAACGAUGUACAAUGCCUUGAACUCCUGUUAGCAAAGAGCAAUAUAAUGUAUAUAGUACAAAUGCAAACAAUGGACAAGGUUUGGUCUAUCAUUGGCUCUAGCCACAAUGUUUAUGCUCUGCCUCUCUGGUCGGAAGCAGUAAUGCUUCUGAAUGCCACUUGCUGGAAACCACAGGAGAAGAGGGUCUGUGGGUCCUGCUUGAAGGUUUCCCAUAGGUAUCUGGUUGGCCACUGUGUGAACAGGAUGCUAGGCGAGAUGGGUCAUUGGCCUGAUCCAGCAGGCUGUUCUUAUGUUAAUAACCAUAGCAACAGCCAAUGAGCAAAUAAAAUUAAGGAACUCUGUAUGAAGAUAGGUGCAUCUUCAUACCGUUGCUUUAUAUUUGCUAGGCCAGCCUCCUGGAAGCCCAAAACAGCACCCCUGGCCUAGGAGGAAGAAACGACUGGCAUCCAAGAUUAUGCAGCACAAUCAUAGAAUACGCAAAACCUGGUUGCAUGCUUUAUUUUGACUAAAGAAUGACACAAGUCAAUGUGCAUUUCAGACCCUUCUGAAAACUCCUUAUUAGCAAACGGAGGACAGCUGUGGACUCAUCACAGUCUUAGGCAUUUAUUUAUUUCAGGUAUUUAUAUGCUGCUUAAUAUUCUGAAUUUUGAAGCAGUGUACAUAAAAUGGGGUUGUUGUUUUAAGUAAAAUGAAUAAGAACUAUUAAAAUUCGCUUAUCGCAGAAGCAGAAAACUACCUGAAAAUUUCUGCUGUCAAAUCAAGCGCCUGAAGUUCAGCAGGGAGGGGUCUUGUCUAAUCUCAUCUGGGAGGGAGUUGCACAGGAUUGGGCCCACAACGCCGAAUGCAUGACUUCUGGUCAUCACAAGCCAAGCAUCUGAACCAAGGGGGACUGCAGAGACACUGACAAUAUCUGUGAUCAGGCAGAGAUAUAAGGAAUUGGGUCGUUCUUAAAGUAUUCUGGACCCAAGUUGUUAAGGGCCUUGUAAAUUAAUAAAAUGACCUUGAAUUUGGCCCAGAAAGAUAUUGCUUUUUCUUAGCCACUGCAAUUCAAAGCAACUUGCAAAAUGACCAAAAAACAAACCCACCCACAUACAUAUGUUAAAACCAAGCGGAGUGGAAAUGCAGUAUCUUUCUUACUUGAGUUUGAGAUGAGCUGAGCUGCCUGUUAAAAUGGUAUCUCUGGUGUCCUUUCAAGAACAUUUGUUUUCAUGAAAUGGUAGCAGGCUGGGAUUGUUGAAUUUCCAGCAUGCCCCAAUCACAUUAUUUUGUGUACCAUAGAAUAUGGGGGGGGGGGGAAUUCAGAUGUUUACAGUUCACCACUAGAUGUCACUGUGACCUGACUGAAGACUUAAGUAUUCUAGACAUAACAAAGUAUAGUGGCCUUACUUGUGAGUAUUCUGUCAUUGCAGUUAUCAGGUUCAGACUAAAUAUCCACAAAGAGCAGCACUGAAAUGUUCUAGGAUGGGAAUAGGGAGCCUGUGGCAUUCCAGAGAUUUCAGAACUACACUUUGUACUGUCCCUGCCUAUUGACUAUGAUGAUUGUCAGGCCUGUUGGGAGCUGGGAGUCCAACAACACCUGGAGAGCCACAGACUCCCCAUCUCUGUUCUGGGACAAGAAGAGAUACCUGCCUCUUCUCCAUGUGCUAUCUAUGUAGUCCAGCAUUGCCCAUAAACAUGCACUGAAGGAGCUGGUUGGUAGGAGAGGAGCCAGUCCUUUAACCAGCUUGGUUGCGAGCACACAGAGGUAACUGAGCCACAUUAAGCGAUCUUGUGUUGGAAAUUCCAGUGUUUUUCUUUUGAGUGAGAUUUCUAGCCAGACUUUUCCCACUGGAGAUUUGAUUGCACAGUAGUUUUCGAAGAACAAAAGUACAGUUGUUCUAUUGAACGAUUUGAGUAUUUCCUAUACAAAAGAAAGAUUAGGUUAAGAGGGUUGCUGGAGAAUUGCAGCACUGUGAAGCAGAACUAUUGCAUGUAUGUGGAAGACAAAAGGAACAACCCCCUUAAUCUCUUUGGGAUUUGAGGUGAAAAACAGGAUUUAAAAAUAAGUCUUCUGCUCAACUCUGCAGGCAUCUUUUGUUUUCUACAAUCCUGUUCCCAAUUGUCUUCAUUUAUUACAUCAUGCAUAUUUUGCACAGGGUGAAAACAGCAAUUGCGUGUGAAUGGGUGCUGUUCUGUACCUUAUGCAAAGUAAGUUGGGAGAGUGAUGUGGUAGAAUUCUGGAAGGAAACUUGUAUUAUUGAGAGAGGUUUACAUUCUGAUGUGCUGGUUUUGCUGCAUACUGCAAAAAUGCAAUGCCAUUUCUACACUGGGACACCCCAGCACUCUACCACGUCCUUCUGCAUCCCAUGUAGAAUAGCUCUCCGGUUCCGCCAUAUUUUAGUAAACAAUAAAUUUAAGACUGGAGGUCACAUCUCUUCUGAAAUCCAGGUAUGAACAAAGAAAUUCUCCCCACAAUCAGGAACCUCUGCAAUAAUCAGGGUUUUUGAUCUUGAGAAUCAGACCUUCAUCAGACCUUCUGCACUCAGCCUGGGAAUUCUGAGUGGGGCAGACAUGCCCAGUGUAUGUGGGGAGAUCAAGAUGCGCACAACUGCUUUCACUUCCCAGUUUAAGCCCUGACACUAAUUUUGAAUGUGCAAUUAGAGCUUACGACAACACAGCCCUGUUUCUACGCUGUGUUCAUGUGAGCAUUAGCAAAAGGGUAGCUACAUUCCACUUUUCCUCCGUAUGCUUUUGCAUCCUUUAGAGAGGACUACUCCUCUUGAAAGUAGGGCAGAGGAGAAUUCUGGGAUACUCUGAUUCAGCUUCACUUUACCAUGAGCUUUGUUUUUGGAGAAUACCUUGUCUGUGCGUAUGCACGAUUCAGAAAUAUGGCACGCCCUCCUGAAUAAGCUCUGCAAGGACUGCCUUGAUGUCAGCCUCAGAUUGGUGGCAAGUGACCCCUUGUGUGAUUGGCUCUCACACCCUGUAUCGCUUUCUAGGUCACCCUUUGUUUGCCAGUCGGAAGACACCUGCUGUGUCCCUCUUCAAUUGGUCUCAGGCUUCUUGCUCCUUGCUGUCUGCCUCACUCCCCUCACUUGUAAACAUAGCUAUCCUGCACUCUGUUUCCUCACUUGGCCUUUCAACAGUGCUCCCUGCUUAUUACAGAGGAGUUGCCUCUCCAAAGUCCAAAUGCUUAUCCUAUUCGGGAGACCCCAUGCCCACAUGCACAAGUGGAUCUGAAGAUGCCACGGAUGAACCUGGGUCCUUCUGCAUGCAAAGCAGAUGUUCUUCCACAAAGCUAGAUCACUUCUCCUGCAGUCUCCAGGUAGGAAAAGCUUGUGUCUGGAACCCUGGAGAGCCUCUGCCAGUUACCAACAAUACUGAACUAGACAGGCUUGUCCUCGGUAUAAGGCAGUUUCUUAUUUCCCUAGGAGCUGCAGGGCAAAACUCACAUAGGACCCAAAGACAGGAAAGGCUAUGCACUGUGCCUGGACAUGUGAGUUUGGAGAGUUGUGAGCCAGUGUUCUGCAGUCCUUGGAGGCACAUGGAAAGAGAAUUUCACACUAACCAGCCCAAUGGUUGGCUGAAAAGCUCUGUUACACUUGCUAAAGGCCGUUUGAAGAUACAGAAUCAUAUAAUUGUAGAGUUGGAAGGGACCUUGAGGGUCAUCUAGUCUUUGAUGUUGGCUGAAAAGCAGGCUAUUCAGGAAUACAGCUGCUCCAGCAAAUUUUACCUUUUUUUCUUGCUCUCAUUGGUCAGGAAGAGACCUGAGCAGAGACCUAAGCUCUCCCUCCUCCCUUCAUCUCACCAAAUUUGCCUGUCAUUCCUUUGAAAAUCUCAGCAGAGCUGUUUUCCCAGAACGUUGCCAUCUUUAAUUGUACAUCAUGCACUUAAACUGUGCUGGCAUUUGAUACGUAGCAUGAUUAAAGAUGUCAGCCCCCACCGGGUAUUAAUGCUUCGGCAGGAGGAUUUGAAGAACUAGGCUGGGACAAUGAAGAUAAUACAAUAAUUGAAGGUGAGGUGAAGGAAUUGAAAAGGGGAAAGGCUUCUGGGUCAAAAGAGCUUAAUGUUAUUUAACACUCAAAUCUAGAAAGCAGAGAGAGUGGCAAGCAAUUGGUUAUUGGCAGCAAGCUCAAACUGAAAGCUCUAACUGAGCUAGAGUAGACACAAUGGACCUAAAUCAGGUCAAUUAAAUAGGUCUACUCUGAGUAGGACUAACAUUGGCUACAACUCAGCUUGUUUUGAAUUUAAACUCUAGUCCCAAAAUCAAUGUUUAGGCAAAUGAAGCUACUGAUAUUUGCAGUCACUUUGCAAACGUCAAUAAUUCUCAGAAAUGGUUUUAAUGGAUGUAUAAAUUCAUGGAGAAUAAGACCCUCGAUGGUUUACUAGCUAUGAUGGCUAUGCUCCACCUCAAAGGUCAGUCGCAGCAGUGCUUCUGAAGACCUGCUGCUGGAAGCUGCAAGGAGAAGGUAGAGUCCUGCUUGUGGUUUGCCCUCGGGCACCUGGUUGGCCACUGUAAAAACAGGAUAUACGGGAUAAGAUGGGCCAUUAGCAGGCUCUUCUUUUGUCCUUACGUUGAAACAGGUAUCGAAUAUUCAGUGAAUAUUUGUGUGUGAGAAUACUGUGGGAAUACGGAACAACAAAAUUUGUAGAGGAAGAUUUUGAAAGUAACUUUCCAUAGAAUCAUAGAAUGGGAAGGGAUCCCAUGGGUCAUCUCCCUGCAAUGCAGUAAUUCUGCCCACCACAGCUACCCCUGGGUGGGCUCAAACCACCAACCUUCUGGUUAACAGCCAGAUGCACUGACCCAUUGCACCAGACAUUGACCUUGUUUCUACUCUCUGUCCAGGUUGGCUAUUUCUCAAAUUGCCCACUGGUUUUCUCUGUAGCACCAAUUGCAUAAUCUGGCAUUAGGAGGGUCUAAUCAGAACAUUCAGCAAGGUUACAAGAGAACGUGUCAUCAUGCACUUGAUUAUUUACUAUCUUUUACUAGCAGGGCCAAGUUCUCGGUUGCUAAAUUUCAGCUAUAAAAAAGUGCAUAUCUGAGCAGCCAGCUAGCCUGCCUGUGCACCAAUCUGUGUGUUUAUCACUGAUUUGCUGUGAAGAGCAGAAUUCCCUAAGAACGUCAAGUACUGGUUUGCCGAAUCAGACAAGGUCUCUGCUCAGAACACACUUGGGUUCAAUGGAUGUAAUUAAACUAGGGUUGCAAUCCUAUCCCCACUUACUUGCGAGUAAGCCCCGUUAGGGCCCUUCCAAAUAUCCUUCUGAUGUUUGUGAUUAUUUGUGCUCACGAGAGCAUGGGGAGGUUAUACUUGAUCCUGCCUUGAAUACUGUUUUGCGUCUGCAAAGGUUUUGGGGUGGAUUUUUCCAGUCAAUGCAUGAACUGCACCUUCCUGCUGAUAUCCUGUAACUGCAGGAGAGCUACAGCUGGCAGAGAGGUUUCGUAAUCAAUCUGUCUUCCCAGGAAACUCUAGGAACUGUAGCUGGGACUGCAGGAAUUGUGGUCUAAUAACUCUCAACACCCAUAACACACUUUAGCUCCCAGAAUUCUCUGGGGGAAGAAGUCAUCCUGCGGUUCUCAACCUGUGGAUCUCCAGAUGUUGUUGGACUACAACUCUCAUCAUCCCUGAGCUCUGGCCUUGCUAGCUAGGGGUGAUGGGAGUUGUAGUUCAACAACAUCUGGGGACCCGCAGGUUGAGAAGGACCAUCAUAGUGAUUUAAAUGUGUGGGGUGAAUGUGGCAAAUGCUUACAACGGAACACAAUAUUUACACAUUAUUCUCUAAACAAAUUACCUCUCAGUUAGUUAUGUAUAUACACAGAAUGAAGGGGGGAAUUAGACAAUUCACUACUUAUAAUGCAUAAAUAAGGACUUUCUUCCCCUUUUUAAAAAUAAUACUAUCCUCUCCCCUGUUGUAAGUAAGCAGGGCCAAGGGGAAUAUUGGAAGCCAGAUCUUCCAAGGGAGGGUGGGAGAUCUGAUGCAGGUAGACUUGAGUCUGAUACUUCCUCUGCGUUUCAAAAGAAAUGGUACCACUGUUAAAAACUGCCCAUCCCCAAGGACUGAUCAAAGGGACCACCUGUCACGGUCUCAGGGCCAAACCCCAUCCGCCUGCCUGCCUCCCUCCAUCUCGCCCACCCCCGUCCUUUAGAUUUACCCUCUUUCCUCCCAACCGCACAAAACAACUCUUCCCCUCCCCUCCUCAGAGGAGGGGUGUGUCGCACUCGGUUCCUCCCAUUGGCGGGCGCCGCAACGGAGCGGCGAAAGCUCGACUCCGAUUGGCUGCGGCGCGUUCGGCGAGCGGGCCAGCUGCGAUCCGCCCUCCCGGCUGCUCAGUUGCAAGCAGGGGACCGCGGCGGCGGCGCGGCUAGACGGGGGCGAAAGCGGCUGAGGUCGGAGCGAGCCGGCGUUUGCCUGGAAAGCGGUGAGUAGGGGGAGGGCUCUGCUUUGCCGCUCUUCCGCUUAUCUCGGGAAGGAGGCGAGAAGAUAGCCUCCAUUUUAUACCUACCUGUGAACAGGAUAGAUAAUAAUUAGGAGCAGCAACCCCUUCCCUUCAGUUCUUAAUACAGUAGACGGGGUCUUUAUGUAAUCCCUUUUAAGCAAUAUAUUUUCUUUCCCUUUCAUCUAUUAUUGCAUCCUGCUUCUCCCAUUUUUUUUGGGGGGGGAGGGAGGGGACAUCAAUGUGCCUCCCUGAUCUACUGGGGAUAACCUUUUCCAGUAUUGCCCCCUCCCAAUCUCUUUAUUGCGUCCUCUUCUCGGAGAUCUCUGGUUCUGUCUGGUUUCUCUUCCCAGUCGCUCUCUUCGACCUCCCCCAUUUUAGUAGGGAGGCUUCUUAUUAGCCCUCUUCACCUCCCCCCCCCCCAUGUUUCUACCUCUACAACAUCCUGCCCCCUCAGCCUCAACCCCUUACGACAGUGAUGGCCAAACUUGGCCCUCCAGCUGUUUUGGGACUACAGUUUCCAUCAUCUCUGACCACUGGUCUUGUUAGCUAGGGAUGAUGGGAGUUGUAGUUCCAAAACAGCUGCCACCACUGCCUUACGGCCUUUCUCGCCACCCACCCCUCCUCCAGUUCCAUGUUGAACUCUCCCCAUCAUUCCCAUUGUGUGUGUGGGUUUCCCUUCUUAAUCUAUUUCCAGAGCCACCCCUUAAUGUCCUGUCCCCCAUUUUUCUUCUAGGGAACUAAUCCUCCCCCCCCAAAAAAAAACCCUUUCUUGAGGACACAACUUCACUUCGUCUCUAUCAUUUCCCCAAAUCUAGCCUAUCCUUCUUAGGGAAUCUCAUCCCACUUCACACCACAUCCCAUUUUCAAGGAACCUUCCACAUUGGUCUAAUUUUGGGGGAACGAUUUCAAUUCUGACAAUGCCCAGUAUCUCUUGUGAGCCUUUCCAGGUGCUAUCAUAGCAAGAACUUCAGAAGAGCUUCUGGCUUCUGGACCAGGCCAAAGACCUACGUGGUCCAGCAUCCUGUUCUUAUAGUGAUUGAGCAGAUGCCUGGGGAAAACUCGCAAGCACAACCUGAGCACAAUACCGCUUUGCUUUCCUGUGGUUUCCAGCAACUGGUAUUCAGAAGCAUUGCUGCCUCUGACUGUGAAGGCCAAGCAAGCCAUUGUUUCUAGUAGCCAAUGACAGUCUCAUCCUCCAUGAAUUCAUCACCACCACCAGCACCCUGACUUGAGCAUCUUUGCUCCUCUCCAUCCCUCCUGGAUGGUCCUCCUUUCCUGAGGAACAGGAAGCCGAUUCAGACUAGCCAGACAGCCUCUACCCAAGAAUAACAUUCUUAGACUCUUUCUCUAGUUUGUCUUGGACACCCUUCCCAUCACCACUCCCAGAAAUUUAAAGGUGCAAUUGCAUUAUCAAAACAAGCAAAUGGAAUUUGUGCUGCAAGCUUUUCAUCAGCUUCAUCAGUGGAUUAAUCAACUACUCUUGUUGAGUGAAUGGCAGGGGGCUGUUUCCAUCAGUGAAGGAAUAUUUUAAUCAGCGAGUUUUGUUUUGUAGCAGUUUUGGUUCUGGUUUGUUAACCAUCCCGCUAAGGGACUCCAGGGAUGUCCUUUUAGCAAAUGAUUAGCAGGUUUUGUUUAUCAAAACUACGAGUGCUUAUGAAACUUAACCAAUUAACUACUUGAAAGGCAAGUGACUAACUAAAAUAAACCCACCCAUUUCUUGCAAGUCCAAAAUAUGUGACUGUUUUUUAAAUGGAACUGUAGAGUUUGAAGAGGUCAAAGGGUGAUAAAACCAGACUGCUAACCAAUUUUGACCUGGGAUAAAGUUCCUUCUACACAUCUCAUAUUCUGCACUCAAAAAAAUUAAAUAAAUUAAAAUUCACCAGCAAAGAUACUGGGAGACAGAUAGCCAGGCAGGCACUAAAGUCCCAGCCUCUGACCCCCAGGAUUUAUCUUGGAAGUCUUGAGGACUAGCGACCUUUAAAAAAAGAAAAGAAAAAGAAAGCUUAGAUUCCAAAGGAUGAUGAAUGCUGUCCCCAGGGCUGAUUACAACACUUGUAGAACAUACCCAGCCCAGAGAAUCUUGUGUCCUUAUCUUCUGUAGUUACAGAAAAUGUAGCAUUUGUGCUCAUCUUUUCUUCUCAGAUUGCCCCCCAACCCACACUCAAAAGACCUUAGCCAAAUCUUGAAUUUGAUGGGAAGAGCCUGAUGACAAAAAAAGAAGCAGGAAGCACAUCAUUUUCUGGACUGUGUUGUAACCAACAAGUCCUACUCAAAUUAAUGAACCUAAGUUAGCCAUUUCCAUUAAUUUCAAUAGGUUCACUCUUGAGUAUGAUUAGCAUUACCACUGUUUGUUUGUUUGUGCUAUGUGUUUCCAUCCUAAAACCUCCCUUUUGUGGCAGGUGAUCAGUUUUUGAUCACCCACUUGCUCCUGACCCAACACUCCUCCAAAUCCAUAUUUGCACCUGGGGAGAGGGUUGCAAAGCCCCCUGUGAAAUGAUGCUCUCUUUGCUCUCCUCACUGUGUCCAUUCCCUUUCUUUUUCUGCCCCACCCCCACUCUGUUUUCCUUGCCAUAAAUGACUGUUUGUGUCUCUGUCCCCUUAUGUAAGAAAAUCUCUUUCCUUCAAAAGAUCCCAACCAGUUUCAACCUUGGGGGGUGGGAUUUACAUUUCAUUCAAGUAGUCCCUCUAUCAAGUGCUUUUAUCGUGGCUGGUUUUCCACGAUUAAGGCCUUCCUUCUUCCAGGGAUUGUCAGUUGUGAGCAGUUCUUCGACUGGUGUUGCUCCGAUGUUUUGAAAGGGGGGUGGGGGGUGGAUUCAUGCAUUCUAGGGAUUGAAGCAGCAACUGGAUGGAAGAAAGCAUCGCUGCGAUUCUCUGAAAAUUAUCACAAUAAAUUCUGUUGCACUUAUGCAGAAAGGGGUCUUGCAAAGGAGCCCUUAUCCCUUCUCUUGCCUGGUUGGGACCAGAAACAGCCCUCCUGUUCCUUCUCCUCUCACUUCCUUGUAGGUGGUUUGGUUUGGUUUAAUUUUAAUUUGGGGAGGUGGGAGGAGGAAACCUUUCCUAGCCGUGGACGGUAGAAAGAUCCUGGAUAGCAGGCAGCACGUUAUAAGACCAUAUAUCAAUUAUCUUGCUAUAGCCAUGUUAUCAUCAAACGAAGUGGUUCCGCUUUGCUCUUCUGUGCUGAGUCAUGUUUAGGUACUGUUUAAUCGAUUUGCUGUUUCAGCAUAGGGAAUUCGCCUUGCGCCGAAUCGUGCCUUUUUUUACAGCAGGCUAGGGAGCACUGGCAGUGGUGGUCCAGGGUAGCAGCCUGAGACCUGGUCUUUUCCCAUCACCUGCAGCAAGAGGGGUAUAGAAUCAUAGAAUCACAGAAUUGUAGAGUUGGAAGCGCCCCCCACAAGGGUAAUCUAGUCCCAAUACCCUGCAAUGCAGGAAUCCGAGCUGAAGAAUCCCUGACAGGUGGCUAUCCAUACCCUGUUUAGAAACUUCCAGUGAAGGAGAGCCCACUAACUUCUUUGGGAGUCCAUUCCAUUGUCGAACAUCACUUAUCGUCAGAAAGUUCUUCCUAAUGUUUAGUCUGAAUCUCCUUUCCUCUCCUAUGAAUCCAUUGGCUUGGGUCCUACCCUCUGGAACAGUAGAAAACAAGCUUGCAUGACUGAAAUGCGCCCUUGAACUGAUGAUAACUCUUGGUUGCAUGAGUGGAGGAUUGGGAAGGUUGUGAAUAUGCCUAGAAACUAGCCUACUGUACAAAGUAAAAUAUACAUCUGUUGCUCUGCCCCCCCAUCCUUUGCCUCUGGCCCCACCUGCACCCAGCAUGUGGCCCCUGGCAAAUUGCCCAGGAGAGAAUGAGGCCCUUAGGCUGAAAAAGACUCAUGACAUGUUCCAGCCAGGCAAAAACCCCUUGAGCCAAUGAGAGGUGGAGCCUGCAGAGAAGAGGUGGAGCCUGGAGACAGGUAUGGAGAGACACAUAUACGCUCCAAGCCUGAGGUCCCCCUCCCUAUGACUUUGCAGCCAGCCAGCUGAAUUGUUAAAUUUUGCCGGGUGUAUUUGCCUAGGAAGUUCCAGUGGAACAGCAUGCAAAGUUUUCUCAGCCAAAUGAGGUGAUGUGUUUGGAGCAGCUGCCUGCCACUUUGUGGUGGAUGCAAAACACCACAGAUUGCAUCUGUUCCCCAGGGGUGGCACCUGUUCUUUGCUUGAUCCUGUUGCUGGUGUGGGAGGGAGGGGCUGCAGUUCCUGCAGGUCAAGGCCUGGGCUUAGCAACUGCUGAUUCCCGGCUCCGAAGGAAUAAUGAUGGCAAUUACGGUGAUCUUUGGAACAGGAGAGGUUGCCAGUUGGCUUAGUUUGGCAGAAAUGAGCUGCAGUUUAAUUUGUACUCUGAUCUGCAGAAGACAUGAGCUGCUUGUGUGCAUAUGCAUGCAGAUGGGCUGACACUCUAGGAACAUAGGAACAAGCUGCAUAAUACCGAGCCCUGCAUUGCAGCGGGUUAGACUAGAUGACCCUCGGGAUCCCUUCCAAUUCUACCAUUCCAUAAUUCUGUGAUUCAGGCCAGUGGCCCAUCUAGCCCAAUAUUGCUUACACCAGAGGUUUUCAACCUUUCUGAGUCCAUGGCUCCCUUGACCUUCUUUCUGCGGCACCCCUGUGGGGCUCAGGAGCCCAGUUAUGUCACCCCUUGCCUGCAAAGCUGGCAGCCCCUCACCCUUUUUGGAACACCCUCCCUUGUGGAGUGUUCCCUCAGCCUCCUCCCCUGGGAGUCCUCUGGGCAGCCACUGCUGCCACCCCUGGUCUCUGAGCUGCCCCCUCCCCCUGCCCCAAAGAGAGGUGUCUCCUCACACUGCCCCACAGGAGCCUGGGACUUGUCUGUCCAUUCCCAACAGCAAGGGUUGGUGGACUGGCUGGCUGCACUCCCUUGCCCGCUUGCUUGCUUACUCUAAGGCUGCUUCAGCUCCUGGAAACCAGUACCCCUUGGCCAGCCCCAGAGGCACCAUUCGCCUGUGGAGCUUGUAGCCAGGGCUGCUGCAACAAACAGCCAUGGAAGCCUUUGGGAGGCAGAGACACUAAAGGGCAACAGAGGAGGGAGGGAGGGAAAGAGGGAUGGAGCCCAGUGUUGCCCGUGGCACCCCUGACCAUCAUUCACGGCACACUGGUUGAAAACCACUGGUCUACACUGACAACAAGCAGUGGUUCUCCGGUAGAGGACAAUUCCCAGCCCUACCUGGAGAGGCUGUCGGGGAUCGAACCAGGGACCUUUCACAUGCAAGGCAGAUGCUCUACCCCUGAGCUAUGGACCUUGCCUUGUCAUAGGAAGCUGCCUUCUGCUAAGUAACAGUUUUAACCCGAAGUUGGGGUUGCUUUUAAAUGAAUGUUACUAUUGAGAUAGAGCUGAAGAGUUGAAGUCCACAACAUCUGGAGGGCAGCACAUUGGUAAAAAAAAAGAGGUAAAGGUAAAGGACCCCGACAGUUAAAUCCAGUCACAGAUGGCUCUGGGGUAGUGCUGUGUUAACUGGACCAAUGGACUGUCUUGGUGUAAUCUUUAAAGGGUGCUUGCUGAUAGGCCUCUUGCCUGGUCUUCUGUGGCAAGUAAGGGUUGCCAUUUGGUGGACCAGAAGCAGAAGUUCUUUUAAAUUAUCACAGACACACACAUUCCUUUGUGGCCAUUGAGGUUUAGCAAAAUUAAUGUGUGGUCAGCAGAGGCCGGUUUAAAACACUCUCACACACAAUUAUUAAAUAUUAGUAACUUUGGGCAAAUUGGAAUGGUUGCUGUGGGGAUAGAACAUGCAGAUUCACCAUUUUUGUUCUGAGGCGGUGUUUGGGUUUGAGGACAAACACUUUUUCCAAAAUCUUUCAGUCAGAAAGAUCUUUGCAGGCAGAAGUCUGCAGCCAACAAAGAAAUGUUUGUAUGGGUGACUGGCUGUUAAGUGCCAUGAUAAAGCAGUGUGUCUUGUUUUGCCUGAAAGGCUUGAAAUGUCUUUGGGUCCAAAAGAGUUCAGCUUAGUUUCAUCUCUGGUAUAAUGCAUGUGUAUCUGAUGUAUGUGUUUAUCUAGAUGCAUAGACCUGGGAAUCCUGCAUAUUGUUAUAUGACUAUGUCUCUGGCCGGCUAAACCAGGUGAGGGUAGCCAAGGGGUCUCAAACCCUCGGUGAAUGAGGGACUUGCCCUGCAUGUGAAGACAAGCUCAGGCGGAUGAAUGGACGAGACCAUUAGUGGGUCCAAUGGUCAAGAAGGUGGUUUCUGCACAUGAGGGGCAGAUGAGGCUCAUCAACUUGGGAAGGUAGCCCAUCUAGGAGAAGGAAAACUGAUCUUAAACCUCUGCUGCCUUGUGGCUAUACUCCUUCAUGAGAAAGGAUUUGGGAGUAAACCCCAGGGAAAAGUCUGUACCCACUGCCUUGUGGGACAGUUAAAGCAUCCAUGACAAGUGGCCAAUCAACCUCUGCUUAAAAACUUCCAAGGAAGGAGAGUCCACAACCUCCCGAGGGAGACCAUUUCACUUUAAAGCAGUCCAAGUUCAUGGCUGACACUACACCCUAUGGGUUUAUUUAUCGGUUUAUUUAUGCAGUGUUGGUCCCAAAUCUUCUAACAUUUCAGCUUCCUCAGGCUCUGAAUAGCCUGCCUUGCACUGCCUACAAAAGGAGGUUGCGUUAGUACGGUAAAUUGUAACAGCUUUCUGUCUUUCGUUCUCAUUAGAAUGCUUAAUUCCACAGUGUCUUAGAAUUGCAUCAGAUGUGAAUACUGGUCAUUUAUCAUAAUAAAGGGAUUGAUUGAGUGCUUGGUUGCAUCAGAUGAAAUGGAGCCCAGUUAACAAAAAGGAUGCCCCAUAAUAAACUUGUUAGAUUUUAAGGUAUUGCAAAACUCUCUGGAAAUGUCUUCAGAAUCGGUGCUAUUCUGAGUAGUUUAGCAACAGUUAAGUUGCUGGGAAUUGAAUUUACACUCUGCAUCAGCAUGGUGUCCUCCCAGAUGCCUCUUCCAUCAUCCCUGACCAUUGGCCAUGCUGGCUCAUGACAGUUGGAGUCCAACAACAUUUGGAGGGUGUUGAUUCUCUCUGCAGAGGAGUGAGCAGGUAGUACAUUGGAAUCUAUUGAUUGAACUCAGGGUGAUUUGCAGUUGAUAGGCAAAAGCUUUUGACUCCCAAAUUUAACAAAAGUAAAAUUAUAUGUUUAUUUUAUUUUAUUUUUAAGAUACCAUGAUACCUGGCCAUGUGCUUAUUAUUUUAUCUCUUGUUCUCCUAUGAAAUAUAAGUAGUUAUUUGUUGCCUUUGAUCAGAUUGCAUUGUGUCUGGAGAGUUUUGUGUUAGAUUUUUUGACUUAGAUUUAGAUGUGUCUUUGUCAAUUGUAGCGUCGAUUACAGCCUCAUGGACUGAAGUAGGUAAUUGACACCACUGCCUCCACACUCCCCUCCCACCCAUCCCCAGCCUCUUUUUCACCAGGCUCUGCUUAGGGAACCUAGUAAAAAGCAAAAUGGGAAGCGGGGACAUAACUCAGUGCUAUGCUCAUUAUCUCCAGGGAGGGCUGUAAGAGACCCCCGGCUGAAAUCCUGGCGAGUCACUGCCAGUCACAAGCUAGAUCAGGGAUGGGGAACCUUUUUGGGCCAGAUCCUUAUCAGGAGCAGCCUCACCUGUCCAUUAUACGAUGCCACAAUGACAUCAAGUGCAAGGUGCUUUGACGUCCCAGAGUCGGAACUUCAAAGCACCUUGCAAGGUACUGCUAAAAGAGAGAUUUUUUUCCCUCCUUUCUUUUUUAGCAGGGGGGUUCCAUGGAAUUUGCUGAACUGAGCAGGAUUUAACUCCCCACUCAUUAGUUGAUAAAAGUAGCAGUUAAAUCCUUCUGCUUUGGCUGCAUACCCUUCCUUCGUGCUGGGAAUGGGUACACAGCCAAUGUAGGAUUUAACACCAUCUUCCUACCCAUCAGAUGAUGUCAUGGGUUUUGUCAGCUGGUGGAUGUGGUUUGGGGAAAAUGGGUUUGCAGGCCAGAGGUUCCCCAGCCCUGGGACAGAUGAACCCAAGGAGCUACCUUAGUGUAGGGCAGCUUCUUGUGUAGCUCCAUGCUUUCUGGCAUUAGGAGAAACUGGGAUAAAUGUCCCUCCCUGUGCACUGUUCCAAAUUGUGUUAAUCCUCACCCACGUUCCCUUCUCGGCCAUUUCUUUCUUGUUCCAGUGCCUGGUUUUAUGACUGCUUGCAGAGUGGGGAGGAGAUGCCUGACUGUUAAAUCUGGUCAAAAGUCAUAAAGGGAGCCUUGUCUUCAGAUUAAAAAAAGGAAAGGAAAGGAAAAACCCCAAUCAAUAAUUGUGCUUUGGGGCCAGAUCUUGCAGUCACGCUGUGGAACUUCAGCCUCUGAUCAACUCAUUAAAUCUGUGCCGAUGGUGUCAGCGAGGAAGUCGAGCAGCUCGGAUUGCGGGAUUCUCUUAGCCAGGUCUAUUAACUUUGCAGAAAUCAAUAAUAAUAAUAAAAUCGCUGCAGAUGAACCUCGCAGUGCGGCACGUCAGUUUCAUAAAAGCAGCUGAGGACCGUGGCGCUUGGUGGAUGCGGCUCCUCAGUUGGGACAUUUCCUCCCCUGAGACGAUGCCAGGUGAACCUGAUGGGAUCCAUUUUCUUGAACCCUGUGCAACCACAGCUAGGCAUCUAAUGCAGCAGCUGCCUGUCUGGGAUACCACCAGGGAAGGGGUCACUAACCUCUGGCCCUCCAGAUGUUGCUGAGCUGCAACUCUUAGCAAUUCGUGCUGCUCGGUGUUCAGGGAUGAUGGGCAUUAGGAACAUAGGAAGAACAUAGAAAGCUGCCUGGUGCCAAGCCAGACUUACCUUAAUCAUGAACGUUUAUUUCAGUGGGUCUGCUCUAAAUUUGACUAAGGUAAGAUGCAGCCCAGGGGUGGAAAGGAGAAACAGAAAAACUAAAGCCUGCAGAUUUAUCCCUCCUUUUCUGACACAUAGUUGGAUCCUAGAGUUGGAAGAGACCCUGAGGAUCAUCUAGUCCAACCUGAAUAUGCAGCUGUCCCAUAUGCAGAUCGAACCUGGCGUUAUCAGUACCAUACUCUAACCAAAUGAGCUAUGCUUGAUAGGCAUGAAGCAUUGUUGGGGAAGGGCUGUAGCUGAUUGGUAGAGCAUUUGAUUUGCAUGUGGAAGGUCCCAGAUUUAAUCCCUAGCACCUGCAGGUGGGAAAGGGAAUUUCCCCUGUCUGCUCCCAGUCAGUGUAAACAAUACUGAGCUAGAUAGACAUAGGAAGUCUUCUACCAAGUCAGGCCAUUGUCUGUCUAGCUCAGUAUUGUUGACACUGACUGGCAGCAGCUCCGCAGGUUUGGGACAGGGUUCUGCUCCAGACCUAUCUGGAGAUGCCAGUGAAUGAACCCAGGACCUUCCGAAUGCAAAGCAAAUGAGCAGUGUUGUUGCCCAAAACAUUUGGAGGUUUUUGGCUGAUUCGCCAAUCAAUCAAAUGUUGCAGCCCUAGAAAAUAUUCCACCUUGAUGGGUUUGAGGGUAUAGAUGUUUGGGGUGUAGAUGUUGAUAUGGUCUGGCUUUUCUUUAAAGGUAAGACCUACCAUGUGAGCAUAGGGGUCUCUUAGGUCCAGAGGUAGAACUUAAAUCACUCUAGGUUGGAUUUGAUUUUUUUUAAGUUACCUCAUUUGAGAGCGCUUGCUUUUGAAAUGAUAAACCAAAUGCGGCAGCACUUGUCCUGCUUGGUUUGUCUUCUCCUUUGUGACGCUGAUGUGGCCUCGUUGGGUCGCUUGCAGGCAUAACUGAUGUGCUUCCGUUUGACAUUUUUGUCUCUGUCUCAAGGGGCUGCCAUUUAUUUUUUAUCUAUUUUUUUAUUAAAGAUUUUGUUGAUUUACAAAAGUGUGCAAUAUCUCUCGUGGUUUUUUCCCCAUGUAACAUUUUUGUUGAGACAUUAGAAAGAAAAGGGGGAAAGAGGUGUAGGGAGGGAAAGAUGGAUGGGGUUGGGGUCAGGUGGUGAUAUUUCUAUUUUACCAUAUUUACUAUAUGUAGGGUUUGGUGUCAGCGUUGCUUGUGCAGGUACUUUGCUGUUCCUUUGGUGGUGAGAGAGGUUGGGGUUGGCCUAGGGUGUGGUUAUUCAUUUGUGGUUGGCUGUGGUGGCCUUUGUUUUCAUGUGUGAGUGGGGUAGGUGGGUGUUUUGGAUCAGGUUAGCCAUAUUGAUUUGUAUGCUGUUGGUGGAUUUUUAUCGUUGUGAUGUUGGGCUGUGUAUGUGAUAAAGGGUAGUCAUACCGGGGUGAAGGUGUCUUCUUCUAUUUGAUCCCGUGUCAGUUUCAGUUUAUUGGUUAAUUUUUCUAGUAGGGCUGUUUCCCAUACUAUUUGGUACCAUUGGUCCAUGCUUACUCCUGACAGGUGUCUCCAGCGUCUGGCUAUGAUGCUUCUGGCUGCUAAAAGUAGGUGGGUUAUGAGUUCUUUGUGGUGUAAGUGGGCAUUAUUGUCUUGGAAGAUGUUUAGUAAGGCCAAUUCUGGGGUGAUUUCUAAUACUUGCUUGGUUAUUUUACUUAUUUCUCGUAUGGUUGUUGUCCAGAAUGGUUGGAUUUUGGGGCACUCCCACCACAUGUGGAGGUAUGUGCCUGUGGAGGUGCACCCUCUCCAGCAUUUUGGUGAGGUUCCUGGGUAUAUUAGAGCUAGUUUUCUUGGUGUUAAGUACCACCUGUAGGUGAGUUUCAGAGUGAGUUCUUUUCUUUUCGUUGAUAUGGAUUUAAAGGGGGGGGUUUAGACCACAUUUUGGUCCAUUGAGUGUGGUUAAUCUCAUAGCCUAUGUCAUCCUCCCAUUGUUUUUUAAUUGCGUCUAGGGAGUUUGUGGGAUUUUGUAGUAGUAUUUUGUAUAUUACCCUGUGUGUUCAUCUUGGAAUCUUGCAACCAAAGACCCUGUCUCCCUGAUCCUUUAGGGCAAAUGGGAUGAUGCCCUGCCUGCCUGUCUUCUUGCUUACGUCCCCAGUCCGGGAGGGUGACACUACUUGCCAGCUUCCCCCUCCUUCGUCUCAGUGUUGCUUUUGCGGAACUCAGCAGGGAGGAGAAAGAUGGAUGCUGAAUAAGAAUUAGUUGCCUCCACUUGUCAUUGGCUCUAGCGACACCUUCUGUUGGGCUCCCUGUCUUCCACCCUACCAGAAACAAUGGUCACCAGCCACCCCUGCCUGACUCAUGUUUUUGGAUAUAGAACUCAGAAAGGCCUGAUCUAGUUAGGUUUGGUUAUCUUUUGGUAGGUUUGGUGAUUCCCAAAGUGGGCAGUACCUGGGGCGGUGGAAUUACCUAGGGGGCGCUGAGGCAAGGGGGCAGCAGGGGGCUGCUGGAGGUGUAUAUGACUAUCCGACUUCGAAAAGCUGGCAUCAGUGGAUCAUGUUCAUCAGUUUUGUUGAAUUAAUUAAGCUAAAUAGUUGUAACCGGAUUUUGGAAAAAAUGUGUAAUUAAGUGUUACUGUUUUGGAUUAUAUUCUGUUGUUAUCUUCCUUAGUGGGCCAUGCAAACCGCUAUUCUGAAUAAUGCCUUUUAUAGGGUAGAGUAUGCAGACACUGGGGAUGAGUUUAUGAAACCAAGGGGGCAUUGACCUGGAAAAGUCCGGGGAGCCACUUAUUUAAUGGGAGAUAAGAAGCAUCACAUAAGAGCUUUAAAUUACUGUUGACUGCUGGAAAUCAGCCUUGGGACAUGGCGGGGAGACUGUGCAGCACUGCAAUUCUCAGCACCCUUAACAAACUGCGGUUCCCAGGAUUCUUUGGGGGAAGCCAUGUACUUUAAAUGUAUGGUACCUAUGCAACCUGAGGUUACAGCCGCACCAUAUAUUUAAGGCACAUGGCUUCUCCCAGAGAAUCCUGGGAACUGUAGUUUGUUAGGGAGCUAAAAAGAAAUUUCUGCCUGCUUGCAUCCCUAAGUAACACAGAAGACUUUGGGGCAAGAGCAUGGAGUUUAUCCUGUUUUAUUGCCAUACCACUGUCCUUUCUAAAGCUACUGAAUAUUUUAAUAUUGUUGUGUAAGUUAGGGUUGCCAUAUUUCAAACAGUUGAAAGUUGUUGAGCUGCUGCUUCUUUUGCCAAAGUUGCUGAGCUUUUUGUAGUUUUGCCCAAAGUUUUUGAGCUAUUCUUAAGGAAUAUCUCCAAAAAUGACACUGCCGACAUGGGUUGCCAUACGUCCAGAUUUUCCCGGACAUUUUGGCGAUUUAUGCUCGGACACUGCUUCUGAAUGCAGUAUUACGGAUAUGUCCAGGAAAUUCCUGGAGAAAUUUGAGGCUCUUUGCAAUUUAACCUAAUUUGCACUUUGCUACCUUUCCAAAGUCGUACUUCUCUUAGUUUUGUAAGAGAAGUUCUCUUUUUAAAAAAAAAGUGUACAAGCAUAAUGUGUGUGUUGGAGGAAAGCGUGCAUGAAAACAACAUAGAAAAAAUGGAUCACGCUUAGGGGAAAUCCCUUGCAAAGAUGUGUAAAUCAGGAGGAAAUGGAACAAAAAUACUGGCAAAUUUUCAUUAGAAAUUCCACCACCACACACACAGACACACCCGCAAAAAAAAUAAACACACAAACUGAUGUGAAAAUGUGGCAAGCUGAAUUUCAGACGGUUAAACAGAGAAAUUAAAACUGGUCUACCCAUUCUUACUGGGGGGUAAACAGAAAAAACUUAAAAUGCAUUCCAAAAUAUCCCCACCCAAAAAAUAAUAAUUCCCCCUUACACACUCUCACACACAGAAAAACCAUAACCAUUGAACCAUAUAUUUUCUACGGUGUACUGAUGACUGGACUAAGGUGCUGUCUCCUAUCUAAUAAUUAUACAUUUCCUUGCAGAUUUUCCCUGUCAUUGGUUACUACAGCAACCGUAUAGUGGUAGCUCAGCUGAAGAGCUGUCUGGGUGAUUUAUGGCUCAAAAGACAUUCUCCCCCCCCCCCCCAAAUCCCUUCCCUCUCAUUGGAACAUUCCUUGCGCUUGUAUUCUUGCCCCACUGCGGGUGCCAUGGCAACUUAUCAAGAGGUUGGGGGGGGGUCACCUGAGGCUGCUGCAUUUUCUCCUGGUGAGUAAGGCAAGAGCUGCGGUCGCUCAGGCUCUGUUACUACAGCAUCUUGCACCUUGUAUCUCUGCGCACACAUCACACAUCUGUGAGUGAGCAGAGCAUAAAUGUGUACAUAUUAAAUCUCCCAUUUCUGGACUGAGAACUUUUUCAUCUUGCAGAGGAAAGCUGAACUAAGGGAAGAUGGCUGAUUUUUUGGUACUCUAAUGGUUUCUGUGUAUUUAGCAUUGCAUGCGGAAUUUCAUAGUACAGGGUCGCCCGGUGUUAUUUUUAUCCGAGGCUGGAUAGGAAGGGAAAAGAUUUAGAUAAUAUAGAUGUUAGGUUUGUGUUCUCGUUCUCUCUCUCUCUCUCUCUCUCUCUCUCUCACACACACACACACACACUCUCUCUCUCUCUCUCUCUCUCACACACACACACACACUCUCUCUCUCUCUCUCUCUCUCUCUCUCUCUCUCUCACACACACACACACACACACACACACACAGCAUCAAGCAAUGACAGCCAUAUUUAUUACCUAUAGCUGCAGGCCUCUGCACAAUAGGCAAUAACAAAAUUAUUGUUGUUCAUAAUUGUUAUUUGUACAUAUUUGCUUAUUUAUUUGGUUUAUUGACUUCAAAUUUUUAAAAUGCAAUUUUAAGAACAGUUAAAACAAAUUACAGCCAAGAGAAUAAGUUGGGAAAUGUAUAUUCCUCAGCUGUCGAAGGCCAGAAUCAAAGGUUUCAUCUUCAGCAUGUGGUGGAAACCACAAAAUGAAGGUGCCAGGUAUAUCUCUGUAUGAGGGGUGGGAUUGUGCAGUUUAUGGGGCUGCCACACAGAAUGCACCUUUCCAGGCAGCCCCCCCCCCCCGCCUGAGCUUAUGAGGGUGGGGGGAAUUACCCAGAGGGCCCCCUCCAUCAUUCUGAACGUAAAACGGCAUGAAACAGAACAAUGAAAUGUUCAGCUUUGUUUAUCGUUGCGAUGCUAGCUACGAGAAAAGAAUCUUAACAUCUGUAAUUUCAAUCCAGAUAGACCAUCAGCUGCACAGUUAACUCUCUCACAUCCAAAAUAGUUAUUCUUGAAUAUCUUAGCAUUGAUAGGAAUUUUAAAAAUAAAAUAAAUUACAACCAUCAGACUUUGCAAAUGGAUUUUUUAAAAUUAACUGUAGAAAGAACCUCCACCCCAAGGUUUUUUUUUAUAUACCAGGAGCAUAAUUAAACAAAGUGCACAAUUCCUGAGAUUCAGGACAGGCCCCAGCACUCACAUAAAAUCCAGUUAUCUUUCCUCUGUCUCCCAUCCCAGUAAGCAUCAUUAAACCAACGGAGAGGCAUAACUCUGGAUUGUAUUCAAUGAAAUGAACCCCGUGUUCACAGACUUGAUUUUAAGUUUAGAAAAUAACUACUGUACAUAGACAAGGGACACGGGUGGCGCUGUGGGUUAAACCACAGAGCCUAGGACUUGCCGAUCAGAAGGUCGGCGGUUCGAAUCCCCGUGACGGGGUGAGCUCCCAUUGCUCGGUCCCAGCUCCUGCCAACCUAGCAGUUCGAAAGCAUAUCAGAGUGCAAGUAGAUAAAUAGGUACCGCUCCGGCGGGAAGGUAAACGGCAUUUCUGUGCGCUGCUCUGGUUCGCCAGAAGCAGCUUAGUCAUGCUGGCCACAUGACCUGGAAGCUGUACGCUGGCUCCCUCGGCCAAUAAAGCAAGAUGAGCGCCGCAACCCCAGAGUUGGCCACGACUGGACCUAAUGGUCAGGGGUCCAUUUACCUUUACCUAUAACAAAUAGAAUCAGUUACAUUUCCAUGCAUUAUUUUAUAGAUAUUUAAAUGAUAUUGUCCCAAUACAUAUACGAUUAUUAGUAACCUGCUACAUUCUGUAUAAACUUGUUCCAAAUGUUAUCCAAAGUCUACAUCUUUUUUUCUUUAUAAACAUAUUUUUUAUUAAAGAUUUCUUGGUUUACAAAAGUAUGUGCAAUGUCUCUUUUUUCAAGUUACAUUUCCUACAGAUCAGUUUCAUUUACUGAGACGGCAAAGUCCAUGUCUUUAAGCAAUCUGUUCAUAUGUUGCAAGUGUUGUCACGUCAUGAAUCCAUUGAUUAAAGGGGAUCAAUACCUUUAUUCUUCCAAUUCAUCAAUACCAGUCUCUUGCCGGCCGCCCCUGCUGGUUGGCGACUGUGAGAACAGUAUUCUGGACUAGAUGGGCCAUUGGCGUGAUCUGGCAGGCUCUUCUUCUGCUACUAAAUAGUGUGUAGAAUACAUGGGCAUUGCAAGCAAGGAUGUGCUCUAUUCAUUUGUAAUAAAUUAUGCAACCCGGGAGCAAUCGGCUGCAAAUGUAGAAGCUUGGAAUAGUGUUGAGCAAGAAUCCUUGGAUGCAUCGUUGCAAUGGGAUUGGGUGACCCCAGCAUGGUCCAUGAGUCAGCGCAUAUCAUUCGCUGAACUUGAUCUGACCUGCUUUCCCAGCAGGGAUGCAUACCAAGAUUCAGUGCGCCAGGAAAGGGAGAGAUUUAAUGAUGGGUUGGAGAAAGAAUUACAAAACCCCUUUUAGCUUUAAGAGAUUUGACUGCUUGUUUGAAUAGAUUCCACAGGGAGAGUUACAUUCCCUGGGACAUCUGUAACAUGAAGGCGAUUUGAGUGUCAGACAAAAUAAACCCGAGGAAAUGCCUGCAACCUCUCCAGCUUUGCGUGUUGCCGUGGCAAUUUAUGACCUUUGCAAUACUGUAAGAGGAAAAGCAGGAACUGCUAGCUAGGAGCUAAAUAAAAGUUGCCAUGUGCAAAACACAAUACAAGAAGAUCUCUCAAAAUAAAGAUGGUAAAUUCCCACUGCCAGAGGUUAGCAAAAAAAUUUAUCUUUUUCUAAAAGGUUUUGAAUCUGGAGUUGAAAUUAUUGAUUGAAUUCAGUCUGUGGAAGGAAAGAAGGAAAGUGGGCCAUGAAGGGGGGGAGGGAAGCAACAUAAGGGAACGAUGCUAGCAUGUCAAUUAGUCUUUCUAAAUUCUUUGCCCAUUGUUAAUGUUAAUGCAAAAAGGAAGUGGCUUCAAUGGGACAGCAGAGGCCAGAUAUACAGAUUUUGAAAAACUUCCACAACGGGACAGGGAUGAAGCCGGGGGCUGGGGAUAGGUAUGUUCCUUUCAUCAAAUCAAAGUAUUAACAGUAUAAUAUAACAUCAGUGUACAUAUUGAGAUUAUGUGCAUUCUAACCAAUACUGGACGCAGCUCCCAUUUACAGUGGUACCUUGGGUUAAGAUCUUAAUUUGUUCUGGAGGUCCGUUCUUAACCUGAGACUGUUCUUAACCUGAGGUACCACUUUAGCUAAUGGGGCCUCCCGCUGCCGCUGCGCAAUUUCUGUUCUCAUCCUGAAGCAAAGUUCUUAACCCAAGGUACUAUUUCUGGGUUAGCGGAGUCUGUAACCUGAAGCGUCUGUAACCUGAAGGUACCACUGUAUAAAGCUAAAUAAAACUGAAACAGCAACAAAAGCAGAACUUCAUAGUAAAGCUCAUUCACGUGUUCCACUGAAUACAGGUAGAACUCAUCUUUGCACGUCUAGAAGUGUUUGUGUUUAAGAGUACAGUGGUACCUUGGGUUACAUACGCUUCAGGUUACAUACGCUUCAGGUUACAGACUCUGCUAACCCAGAAAUAGUACCUCGGGUUAAGAACUUUGCUUCAGGAUGAGAACAGAAAUCGUGCUCCGGCGGCGCAGCAGCAGCAGGAGGCCCCAUUAGCUAAAGUGGUGCUUCAGGUUAAGAACAGUUUCAGGUUAAGAACAGACCUCUGGAACGAAUUAAGUACUUAACCCGAGGUACCACUGUAUAAGCUUGUCAAUAUGUAUGCCUCAACUAUUGUAUGCACAAAAACAUACAACUUUGAAUGUUAUAUGUGAAUAUGAGUUUACAGGUCAACUAUUUGUGUACACAGGACAGGAUGGCGGUGAUUAAUUCAUGGAGAACUAGGCUGUCUUUGGCUGCCAACCACAAUGGCUGUGCUCUGCCUUCACAGUCUGCAGCAGAAAUGCUCCUGAAUACCAGUUGCUGAAGAGCAAAGGAGAGGAGGGUGUUUUUGUCCUGGAAUCCUGCUUGCUAGUUUUCCACAGGCAUUUGGUCGGCCCUUGUGAGAACAGGAUGCUGGACUGUUUGGCGCCUGACCCAACAGGCUGUUGUUCUUAUGGGGCUAUGAUUCAUGGUCACCGGAAGAAUGUAUUUGCUUGUGUGUUGAGUCUCUUCCUUCUCUGUCUCCCAGGUCACCAGCAGCAAGGGAGGAAAAAAGAAGGUUUGAUCCUUUGUUUUUGUUGCGGAAGAAAAGGGAAAAUGGCAUUGAUGCUGCUCAGCCGACAUCUAACGAGUUCGUUGCAACAGAACUCUAGGAUUAUUGCAGCUGGUAAGUGGUGGGAAAAGCACAUGAAACAGAAUGGCGAUAUUGGUAGAGUUCCACAGCUCAAGGCAGUGGCUUAUAUUAGUCCUGUGAUGAAUAUCUCCCCCAUGUUUCCCCCCUUCCUCCCACCAGUCUUCAUCUAUUUAUGGAGAAAAUAAAUCGCAUUUGGAAAUUACUAGAAGGGAGGGGAAAUAUCAUUGAAAUUAAAGGGAGGGGGCUUGCCUUGUACCACAUUCACACCGCACGUUUAAAGCACCAUGAUAUCACUUCGGCCGCGGCUCCGAUCUGAUGGAAUGCUCUGUCACAAGAGACUAGGGCCCUGCGGGACCUGACAUCUUUCCGCAGGGCCUGCAAGACAGAGCUGUUCCACCAGGCCUUUGGUCAGGGCGCAGCCUGACCCCCUCCUCUGGCAAUCUGCACAGAAUUUUGCUUAAUGGUUGCCAUCAAUUUGAUUUUAAUUUGAUUUUAAUUAAUUUUAUAAUGAAUGUUUUUAGAAGGUUGGAUUAUUUUGAUUGUUGUUAGCCGCCCUGAGCCCAGCUUCGGCUGGGGAGGGCGGGAUAUAAAUAAAAUUUAUUAUUUAUUAUUAUUAUUUAAACAGGCAUUGCUUUCCCCAAAGAAUUCUGGGAGCUGUAGUUUGUUAAAGGUGCUGAGAGUUGUUAGGAGGCCUUAAUCCCCCUCCCAGAGUUUCAGUUCCCAGAGUGCUUUAACAGUCAGUCCCUCUUUCCAGGGAACUAUGGGAAUUGUAGCUCAGUGAGGGGAAUAUAGGGCUCUCCUAGCGACUCUCAACACCCUUAACAAACUACAGCUCCCAGAGGUAUUUGAGGGAAGCCAUGACUGUUUAAAGUGGCAUCAUAACGCUCUCAAUGUAUGGGGUGAAUGUGACCUCAGUAUAAGGCAGAUUCCCAUGUUCUUUACAAAACGUCUUUCCGUGAGCAAAACCAGCCAGGAUCCAAAAUCUUCCCUUUCUGUUCUGGCCUUUCAAGAGGCUUUUAAAUUCCUCUCGGCUGGGAAAGGGCUGGCGUUGUCUGGUACAAACUGCCUACUUCUGCAUCUUGUUUAUCCUCUGGAGCUUCUCGUGUUACUCUUCAAGCAUCCAAUAAAUAGGAUUCAUCUCCCAGAACAUUGCACAAGAAUUGUUUACUUGCUACGCAGUUCCCACUGGCUUGGCCUCCUGCUCUGUGAAGAUUCCUGUUAGCAAAACUGCAAUCUGAAUUUGGGCAUUUUUUCACCAUGCGCCAGAAUUUUGGUGAAAAGGUAGACUGGCUCUACAAAAAUAGCAUAGAGGCAGAUAUAUGUCCUGCAUUGUAUACCCACAAAGUCUAAUACAUUUGGAGGGCCACAGAUUCCCCAUUCUUUAAUCUAGUUCAUCGUUGCUAGUGGUUUUUCAGCAUCUCAAUGAGAGGUUUUACACGUCACCUGCUAUCUGAAUGACCUUUUUGUUUUGUAACUGGAGACGACACGGAUUGAGCCUGGGAACUUCAGCAUGGAAAUAAUGUGCUCUGUCAUCUGCACAAUGAAAUAGAGGAAAGAGCAUAGGAAUCUGCCUCAUUCUGAGCUGGUCCAUCUAGCUCAGUAUUGUCUACACUGACUGGCAGCAGCUCUCCGGGAUUUCAGGCAGGACAUUCCUAAUCCUUCCUGGAAAUUCUGGGGAUUGAACCUGGGACCUUCUGCAUAUGCAUAUCAGAUGCUCUGCCACUAAGCUACAGCUUUUCCGACCAGCAGGAAUGUUCAUAAAUCCUCUAUUGCCAUCCCAUCAACUCAGCUGAUCAAUGUUCAGCGGCUUCACUGCCACACGGGCAAUGCAGUCAGAUCAAUCAAGCUCUGAUCAAUAAAUUAAAUCAGCUAAAGUUUCGGCUGGUUUCAUCACUGGAGGGCAUACUUGUUAAUCUUUUUCUUGGGAAGGCAAGGCUAUUUUUGGUCCUAGUGUGUCAGCUCAGUUUGGACCGAUGGGGUUUCUAGCCAUGCUUGGUAGCCUUUGCUUAAUAAAUUAUGUCAGAGGCUUCCACCAGUGUCUCAGAAAAGGCGUUCGGACUGGUUUUUGAUAGAAGGCAACUUUAUUUCACUGCAAUGGAUUUGUUCAAUAGGUAUGUACGCUCAGGGCGGCGAGUCCCGUUUUGCCACUUGAGGUGAUCCCAGAAGUGCCACCUUGCCUUGCUGCUACCACCAAACUGCCCACCACCAAGAUCUUGCCCCAAAUGGACACAAUCUUGCCUGAAAUCUGCACUGACAAUGGCAGUGCUUCUCUGCCACUGGCGGAGGCAGCAGGUGCCCCCUGGAGAGCUUCUGCCACCUGAGACAGCAGCCUGGUUCUGCCUAAUGCCUGGGCCGGCCCUAUAUACAAUGCAAUUCUAUACAUAUUACCCAGAGGGGAGUCCUAUUGUGCCCCUUUAACCUUUUAAAAAAAUGACUUCAAAUUGGUUAACUUUAUAUUCCUUGCAGGGCACAGAGGAAUCAGUCAAGCUGCAGCAAAAAUUGAUGUGGAGUUUGACUAUGAUGGGCCCCUCAUGAAGACAGAAGUCCCCGGCCCAAGAUCCAGGGUAAACUGAUGCAUUGAGACAGGCGUCUUUCAAGCCCCUUGUUAUUGGCCUGGUUUGGAUGCAGGGAUGGGGGAGAAUUCGAUUCAGUGUGCAUUUAAACUGUCACAAUCACAUUUUUCAAAACAAAAUGAGAAUUGAAAGGCAGCCAUGCUUCCAGAUUUGCACUUCUACAAAUUUUGUGAUGCUGUUUUCCACGCAGUGUUCACAAAAAUACAUCUAUUAGGAGAAGGUGUGCAUAUAAAAAUGAACAUAUUUGAGAAAAUAACAUACAGAUGUGUGUUAGGAGAAAUUGCCUGCAGAGAGGUGUUCCUUAGUCGAAAGUGCAUACCAAAACAUGCUGAGGAGAAAUUUGUGCUGAAUACUGAACAAGUCUCAUGAAGUUUUAAAAAAGGAAAACCCAAACGGCCACAGAAAUGUGAAGAACCGAAUUUAGGAUUUGAAAAAUGUGAAACCAACAGAAACUGAAAUUGAUGGACAUAUCAAUCCCAAUUGAUACGUCACACUGAGCCACACAAUGGCUUAGUGGAAGGUGUGCAGACUCCAGGAGGAGAGAUUGCAGCCAAUUAGUUCCUCAGCUGAGCUGAGCUGAGCCAAGCCAUGGUUUGGCUUAUAGUGUCGCCAGCACCCAGGCUCACACUUCAGCUCUUUCUAGACUAACCAAGGUUGCCCUGUGGUUUGGAGAUCCAAACCACAAGCCCUGUUCAGACAACAUGCUAAGCCAAACCAUGACUUAGCUCAGUGCAUCUAUCCAAACUAUCAUCCUGCUUAAGUUAUAUUCAUAAUAUUCGUUAUCUCUUUCCUUCCAGGAAUUAAUGAAACAGUUGAACAGAAUCCAGGUAAUUUAUCCUGUUUUUAGUGUAAAAAUAUAAAUCUUCUGCCCCCAAACCGUUACCUGCAGAACCUUAUAAGAAUACUAGGCAGCAAAUCAACUGUGGAUGGGUAGGCAACCCUCCUUGCAAAUGGGGAGUGGGCAUUCAAUACUUCUUUGAGAAGCUGACCAUAUUGAUUUUCAAGGGGGGAAAUGGCCCACAGUCCCCGGCUUGGAAGACGCUGCAGAUUAGGGGGCCCUUGUCCUUAUCUCUCCCACCCACCUCUCCGUGGGCCACAUUUGACCAGUUGUCAGAGCCUCCGAACUCUCCGUCGCCUGGCAUCACAAUGAUGUCAGGUGGGUUGUUUUUGCCUGCAGGGUUUGAAAUCAAACCACAUGGGCAAAAAGCCCAGUGCUUUUUGCAAACCCCAGCAAUCAGCUGAUGCAAGCAAACCCUUUUUUGGCUCAGCCUUCUUUACCUGCCAACAUAGAUGACAUCAGGUAGAGGGCAGGUAUGUGUGUGGCUUGGCCUACACAGCCUUAGGGACCAAAUGGAGAAACCUGGCCAGUCUUCUUAGGCCUGGGAGCUGGACUUUUCCUUAUUUGAAUUCAUUUUUUUAUUAUUAUUUAGAGCAUUUGUACCCUGCUCUUCAGCUAAAAAGCCUUUCAGAGCAGCUAACAGACCAUCAGUUAAGACAAGACAGCCCCUACCUGGAGAUUUACAAUCUAUUUACAAUCUAUUUUUUAAAAAAGGCACAAAAGGAAUGGCGAGGGGAGAGGAAAAAAGCAAACUCAGUUUCCCUGAUACUAUGCUGAGGAGCAGCUUGCUGUGUGCGCAUGUGACCACUUUCAAGUAGGAAGCUGGUACAGGACCCCAGUCUGGAUCAAGGGUGCAUUGCUUUUUAUUCAGAAUAAAAAGGGGCUGCUUCAAGCACAAUCGAAAAAGCAUGAAUAAAGAGUGCCGUGUGUUGACUGGCCCUUAACUUCAGGGCUCUGCCAGGGAGGAAGCAGGCAGACCAGGACAGUGUCGUGGCCUCAAGUCUUUUUUAAAACCAGAGGCAGCCCCCCUCCUUCUCCUGUGCUAAAUGGCCUGAAUGGUCUUUCCCUGGGGGUGGGGCGGUCAAGGCCACUUCUCUCUCUCCCUUCCUUCCAGAAUGCAGAAGCCGUGCACUUUUUCUGCAACUACGAAGAAAGCCGGGGAAACUACCUUGUUGACGUUGACGGGAACCGAAUGCUGGAUCUCUACUCUCAGAUAUCUUCCAUCCCAAUAGGUAAGCCAAGAGGAUGUUCUCUUGUGGGGGGGUAUGAAACUCCCUUCUGGGAGAUGUGGGGUUGCCUGCUGUCUUAAAAACAAACAGUUGGGCCAUUUUUGCAGGGUGGAGUUGUAAAAGUCCAUUGACAGCUAAACAGAACCUCCUUGUACAGUGCCACUCUACCUCUGAAGAAAAACUGCUGGGGCAAAUAACAGGGUGGCUGCUUCAUGCCCUCCUUGUUGUCUUUCUGGAGGCAUCUGACUGGUCACUUUUGUUAUUGUGGUUAGUGUCCAACUGGGACCAGGGUCCAAAUCCUCACUUCACCAUGAAGCCCACUGGGUCACCUUGGGCCAGCAACUCACUCUCAGGUUAACCUACUUCACGGGGUUGUUGUGAGGAUUAAGUGAGGAGCGUGGGAGAACCAUGUAGGUCACCUUGAGCACCUUGGAGAAAAGGGUGGGGGAUAAAUGCAAUAAACAACAACAAAAAGGAGGCUGGACUGGGCAGACUCUGCACUGAUCCUGCAAUGCAAGUUUAGCAUUCUUCUUUCCGUGUUGUGAGUCCUAAAUUUGAGCAAAUGUUGGCCCGAAAUGCACGUUCUGGUCUAGAGCCAGGGUUGUCAUUGAGCAAGGCACUAGGAGGAACUUUCCGAACUCCGAAGAAAGUAGGUUAGCCUUUACGUAAGACUUCCAAACAGAACUGAAUAGCUACAGAAGUGGAACUGGCUAGGCCUCCAAGCUCCCGAAGGGCAGGAAUGCAGAUUAAUGACCACAAGAGUGUGCCAUUUUAUUUUGGCUAGCUGCUGUGUAGUUACUAUGUCUGAGCUGUUUCAACAAUACACCAACAUCAGAAGAGCACCAGCUGGGCCCGCAAGCUGUCAACGAAAUAUUUGAGGUUGUGAAAACGGGGCUUGUGACGCUGAGCUUGCAAACUCUUGAUUGUGUAGAACUUAAUGGGUCACUUGCUGCUGGUUAAGCUGCAGUGAUUUGACGGAAUGUUCAAAACACUCAGCCUGCUCAGGGUAAGCAAUCAUGUCAUUAGCAGAAUGUGACAAACCAGUCGCAUGGCUAUAGGAUCUUUGCCAGAAUAAUUGGUGCACACACAACUUUUGGAGACUUGGCAGGUGGUCACUGCAGUGCUUUUAGUUGUAGUUAGUUAUUCCAGUAUCAGUGAUUCUGAAAUCAGUUUUUUUGGGGGGGCAUUUAAAAGAGGAGCAUGGAAGUAUGGACCGGGCCUCCUACUGAAGGUGGGCGCUGGCAAGUCCCAUAAUCACAGCCACUGCUCUUUGUCUCUGGGCUUCAAUAGGGUGGCCAAAAUGUACCUUUUGGGGAGAAGCAUUUGAAUUUGUUACUGUCCACUGUAAAGGUAAAGGUAAAGGGACCCCUAGGGACGCAGGUGGCGCUGUGGGUUAAACUGUGGUUCGCCAGAAGCGGCUUAGUCAUGCUGGCCACAUGACCCGGAAGCUGUACGCCAGCUCCCUCGGCCAAUAAAGCGAGAUGAGCGCCGCAACCCCAGAGUCGGCCACGACCGGAUCUAAUGGUCAGGGGUCCCUUUACCUUUAAAGGGACCCCUGACCAUCAGGUCUAGUCAUGACCGACUCUGGGGUUGCUGCGCUCACCUCGCUUUAUUGGCCGAGGGAGCCGGCGUUUGUCCGCAGACAGUUUCCGGGUCAUGUGGCUAGCAUGACUAAGCCGCUUCUGGCGAACCAGAGCAGCACACGGAAAUGCCGUUUACCUUCCCGCCAGAGUGGUACCUAUUUAUCUACUUGCACUUUGACAUGCUUUCGAACUGCUAGGUUGGCAGGAGCUGUCCGCUGUACUGAUUCCUAAAUCAUGCUCUUUCCCUGUGCAUGCCCUGUUCGUCCUUGGAGGUGCUGUAUUUUCUUCCAGCUUUAGGGACAGCUGUCCCAGUGAGCUACCCUAGAAGUAGCUACUGUCCUUGUGAAAUGAAAAUUCACAAUUGUCAAAUAACAGAGCAGUUGAGGUCAGGCAGUGAUCCAUUUUGCAUGCAACACUAAGCCAAACAACGACUUUGACUGAAUGAGUAAGUGUUGCAGGGGGUUGGACUAGAUGACCCUUGGGCUCCUUCCAAUUCUAUGAUUCUGUGGUGCACAGUGCAAAAAUUGUGGCCGCUUGGCUCCUCCCCUGAUCCCACAGUCACUGCACUACCUGGAGUUAAACCAUGGUUUGGCUUAGGGUUACAUGCAUAACCAUGGCUUAGCUCUCUUGCUCCAAAUAAGCCACAAGCUGCAAUCAAGUUUGUUCCAGGAACAAAAAGACUGGGGGAGGAGCGAAAUGGCUGUGAUUUCCUCCCUGGGUGCCAGCACACUUGCUUGCUCACCCAUAGCCAUGGUUUAGCUUAGCAUUAUGUGCCAAACAGGCCAGUGUUCGUGUUGAUUUCCUGUGGUUUCUGUUCCUCACGUUCAAAUGACAACAUAUAUGAGAAAAAGGAAGUGAGCUAGAAUGUGGUCAUCAACAGCUCCCAGACUCAAAUUAUGUUUUCCAAAAACCUUCAAAGGGUAUGCUUACCACCUACCAACAUUUCCUCUCCUAGAAUUAUUUAUUUCGGCAAGCUAAGCUUUCGGCUAUGCUCUCCUUCCCCCCCCCCCAAAAAAGGCAUACAGUGGGUUGAGGGCAGUUAAGUAUACCUUGAACAUGUUAGCUGUAAGGUGGCAGGGUUCCUUGAAAGCCAUUGGAAAUUCUCUCUCUGUUUUGUUUUAGGUUACAGCCAUCCAGCUCUAAUAAAACUCCUCCAGCAGCCCCGGAAUCUGGUAAGGUGCUUCUUUCACCCAAGUUACUGAAGCAACUCCUACCCAUGUUGAGAUUUCUUUAUUUGUUGAUAAGCACUGCCCAAUAUUGCCUGAAUUUUACUUCUUUCCCCUCUGGUUUUGGAAACUGCCUGCUGGAGUUUGCUUCUGGAGGGUGGCCAGGUUUUCCAAUUUUCUAGGAAUUGGAGAAACAUCUCUUAUAAGGCCAUUUCUGGCUCUCCACCACCACCACCCAGACCCACCUCUAAGUUACUUCCUCUACUUUCCCAUUGUCCCCCUCUGCUUUUCUUUGCUACAGGUAGUGCCCAUCUGUUUGGGCUUCCUUGGAAUCAAACCUGGAGCCUUCAGAUCUGUGGCUCGCUGCCCCUUAUGGGUGAGCCACUCAACCAGAGGUCCAUCAGGCAAAUCCUAAACCAUAUUUUUGUGUGAAUCAGCCUGUACUUUUAUUAUAAGAAAAAGAAAGAAAGAAAGAAAGAAAGAAAGAAAGAAAGAGAAAGACAGACAGACAGACAGAAAUGGAUGGGUAGGAAUAAGAUGAAAGGGGAAACUGAGGGGAACGGAGGAAGAAGACAGGUGCAGAUGUUAAAAAAUUUAAAGUAUGUAGGAACCUGUCUGUCUUAUACUGAAAUCAAACUAUUGGUGCACCUAGCUCAAUGCUGUCUACACUGACUGGCAGCGGCUCUCCAGGGCUUCAGACCAGGGGGUUAUUCCCAGCCCUAUCUGGAGAUGCCAGGGAUUGAACUUGGGACCUUCUGCUUUCAAGGCAGAGGCUCUACAAAUAAGCCUAAGAGCCUUCCCUUUACAAACAUAGGGAACUAUUUUGGACUUCAGUUCCCAUCGUCCCCCCAGCCAGUACCUCCUUUUUGUAGUCUAAAGCACCUGGAGGGCAUGAGGUUGGUAAAGCCUGUGCUGUUCAGUGCUGACUUCAAGCUUUUUGCCUUGUUUUCCAGAGUACCUUUGUCAACAGGCCUGCGCUGGGGAUUCUUCCCCCAGAGAACUUUGCUGAAAGGCUAAAGGAAUCAUUGCUUUCGGUAUGUUUUGCGUUGGCAGAGAAAUGGCCCCAGCAUGGAUGGUUUGGGAAGUUUCAUUGCACAGCAGCCAACUUCCUGGUGUGGUUUUUAAUUUCCUGUUGUAGUGUGAAUGGUUCAGGUUCAACCCUCCUGGCCCCAUCUCCUCUGCACGAGUCAUGUCCCUCACUGGUUCUUCUUCACACCUUGAGUGUUUUUGCCUGACUGGAAUAUGUCAUUGAACUCUGAUGAUGUCUUUUCCUUGCCCAGAUGGGGAACAGAGGGGAGAUGUGUCAGUGUGUGUAGAAAUCCGCCUACUGUACAAAAGUAAAAUGUACCCAUGUUGCUCCACCCACUUUUGCCUCUGGCCUCGCCCACCACUCCCAUGUGACCCUCGGAAGGUUACCCAUAAGUGGCCCUCAGUGUGAAGAGGCUUCCCCACCCCAGCUUAAAUCAGCACAGAUUGUACCUCAAAAAUCUGUUUGGAGAGCCAAGCUGUCCCACCUUACUGCCACCUCCCAACAUUUCCAUCUUGCAAUGCCGAAAAGUAAAAUAAGCAACAAAAAACUACCGGUAAGCCAUUCUGGCAACCCAGGAGAUCGCAACACUAUGAUGAAGGCUUUAGGUGUGUUUAGAACUACACAGUUGUAAAGCCAUGAGGAAAAUGGCCCCUCUAGGGCUCCUGUGCAUAUGCCUCUAUGGCACAAGCCAUAGAGCACAGAGACAGGACAAAUCUAAGUUAAGCCGAAUAUUCAGUCCUGCUUCUAAAUCAAAUUUAUGGAAAUUGUGGAAGUGGAGCCAGUUGCUCAGGGAAAGUUAAUAGAUCACUGGUGGCGGUGGUGCCUAGAGGGAAGACUAUGCUCAGGAUAUGUACUUCCUUGAAAGUCUCUUGUGUUGUGCCUUUUGAGAUUAAAUGUCACUGUAACUCUUUUUUUUUUCUCUCUCUCUCCCCAUUUACAGGUGGCUCCUAAGGGUCUAUCUCAGGUUAUAACCAUGUCUUGUGGAUCUUGCUCAAAUGAAAAUGCCUUCAAAACCAUAUUCAUGUGGUACAGGGUGAGUAAAACUUAAGAAACCAUCUCAAAAUCCUACAAUCUGCAGGUGAGACCUUAUUGGUGGUGCCGUCACCGUGGGCUGCUUGGUUGGCAUUGACCCAUGGCAGGGCCUUUUCAGUGGUGGCUCCCCAGUUCAGUAAUCCCCUUCCUAGAGAGGUGCAUCUGUCACUAUCUUCAGGUGGGCUUCAGUCCGAUGUCAGCAAAUUCAAGUUGAGCAGUUAUAGUUGGUUAGGAGGUCUUGCACUACAAACCCGCUCUCCCAAAAGGUCAGACAUUUUAUAUAAGAAAAACUCACUGGAAAGUUUGGGGCAACGCUUGCUUUGACACAAUGUCCUCUACCCUCCCUGCAAACAAAUCAGGAUGAAUACUCAAUAAACAGGGCAUCUGGAAAUGCCCCAUAGAAAUUGAUGCUGGAAUAUUUUUCCAUCUCUGGAAGUUUAAUAGGAAGCCCAUUUGUUUUCCAGAGCAAAGAAAGGGGGCACAACAGUGUUACCAAGGAAGAGCUGGAGACAUGCAUGAUCAACCAGGUAAGAGAGCCGUAUCUGAGUCACCUGGUGGAGAUUUGCAGAUUCUUGGAUGCAAAAUAAGCGUGUGGAACCUAGAGGUGGCAAGAUCCCCAUCCGUGACUUAAAACGAAGAGUGUUAGCAUCAUGGUCAGCCUGUCAGAUUAAAACCAGGGAGAGACUCGGGUUCAAAUCCUCAGGCAGCCAUAAAUGUCACCUUGAAAGAGUGACUCUUAUCAUAGCCCAACUGACAGAGUUAUUGGGAGGAUAAGACAGUUAUGGGAUGGGGAGGGAGAACUUUCCUUACCACUCUGAGCUCCUGGUAUGGAAGGACACAAAGGUUUUGCAGUUUCACUCUUUUUGUUAUUCUGUCUUGCUUUCAUUGUAAUCGAAAGACACCUAGAAUACUGGAGAGAUGAGGAAUAGGUUAUUUCAACAAAGGUCCCCUCCUUCUAAGCCUGGUCGGUUGCAUAACAAUGCCUGGAGCUUCAGUACAGGGCUUGAUGCUGCCACCUAGAGAGGCUACUGAAUUGUGCAACCAAUAUUAUGAGAGUGCCUGAAUUCAUAACCUUGCUGAAGCAAGCCCAUCCAGUCCAGCAUCCCGUUUUCAUAGUGGCCAACCAGUUGGAAACCGACAAAGAAGACCUGAUCACAAGAGGGCUUUCCCCCCUUCUGUGGCUUUCUGCAACUGGUAUUCAGAAGCAUCACUGCCUAUGACCUUGGAGACAAGAGUGUAACCAUCAUUUCUAGUAGCUAUUGAUAAGCCUUAUCCUUAUCCUUGAAUCUGUCCAGUCAUCUUUCAAAGCCAUCCAAGUUGGUGGCCAUCCCCGCUUCCUGUGGCAGUGAGUUCCACAGUUUAACUAUGUUCUACAUGAAGAAGACCUUCUUUUUAUCUGUACUGAAUCUUCUGACAUUCAGCUUCAUUGGAUAUCCCUGAGUUUUCGUGUUAGGGGAGAGGGAGAAAAACUGCACUCCGUGUCAGACAUAAUUUUAUAGACUUCUGUCAUGUCGACUCUGACUUGCUAUUCCUCCCGACUAUAAAGUCCCAGAUACUGCCACCUUCCUUCACAGAACAGUCACUCCACCCCGUCAAUCAUUUGGUUAGCCCUUUUCCCUACCUUGAAUUAAAGCGCAUACCAUAACUUUAGUUCUACAACACGCAAAUGAAUUCAGACGCUCUGUCGCCCUAGCACAGCAAACAUGCUUUAAAAGAGAGAACCUGACUUUUUGCGGUUUGGAAAGUGACAGGGAAAUGCGUUGAAAAGUGUGGGAUGGACAAGUAGCUAACAGGAAGGCAAAUGAACACCCUGCAAGCAAACUGGGUCAAAUGCCUAUUGCUGUAUCCCAGGGAUAAGAAGGAACGUUCAAUAAAGACCAGAUGUCAUCUGACUUCUGAAUAAGCUUUAUGCCAGCGGAUCAGGAUGAAUGCUCAGCAAAUAAGUUUCUUGUUUUGAUUCCAGCCCCCCGGUUGUCCAGAGUACAGUAUGCUUUCUUUUAUGGGCGGAUUUCACGGGAGAACUAUGGGUAAGGAAAAGUGUUUAGAUGUGUGUUUUUGGGGGAGGCGGGGAAGAGUUUGGGGCCACUUGAACCUCUGCAUUGUGUGGUAUCCUUCUCCCUACUUUGUCUGGAGGAUGGGGGGUAGCAGUGCAGAAGAGAGGGCUAUGAGAUGACUUUUUGCCAUGGUCCCCCUCAAAACAAACAGCAGCCUUGGCAGUCAGGGAACAUCAGUGGCAUGCAGUUGAGAGAGGCAUGUGGUGAUAGAUUGAAUGCUACUGACAAGCUAGUUGGAUAGGCGGGUGGGUGUGCGUGUGCCAUUUUUUAUAAUGAUAAUAAUAAUUUAUAAUAAUAAUUUAUUAUUUCUACCCCGUCCAUCUGGCUGGGUUUCCCCAGCCACUCUGGGCGGCUCCCAACAGAAUAUUAAAAAUAGACUCAAACAUUAAAAACUUCCCUAAAUAUGCUCCUGCACGUUAAAAAUAAAUCCUCUCAAGUAGAAAACUAGCAAAGCAGUAUAAAUUUUCCUGCUGCACUACUUUUCUUCUUGUGGGGAGCUUCUUUACACAAGAAGGAGGUACUAAAAAUGAGGCUCUUUCACACCUGCAGUUAGAGUGGUACAGUCCAUUUUCUUGGUCUCAUUCUGAGGCAGGGGUAGCAUAAUGGGAUAGAUGGAUGGAUUGUGCCACAUCAGACUGUGGGCAAGUGGCGUGGGUGCCACAUCUUGAAUGCUUUAUAUUAUAUAACUGUUACUUUUGAUGCUUAGCUGCCAGGAAUGUAUUCUAAGAAAACCAGAAAGGAGAGAAACUGCUUUAAAAAAAUAAACGAGUCAAUGUGUUGGUGUUGCCCCUUCCUGCAGGCUGCUUAGCUGCCACGCAUUCCAAAGCCAUCCACAAACUGGACAUCCCUUCCUUUGACUGGCCCAUCGCUCCCUUUCCGAGGCUGAAGUAUCCUCUGGAAGACUUUGUGAGAGAAAAUCAACAGGAAGAGGCCCGCUGCCUCGAGGAGGUGAGAUCUUGGUCAUGAAAUUCUACUCAUAUAUUGAUUCAGAGCAGAACUCCAAUGUGUAGUUAGCAGAGUAAAAAAUUAAACACAUUGCAGGAUUCCCCAAAAAUAGACCAGAGGCAAUUAAUAUUUCAUCAAGCAGAGCUUUACUGCUACUGAAGGCAAAUGAACAUAAUGGUCACAAAUCCAAUACAUUCGGGAUUGGCCAUAAGAAAUCCAGUUGCAGCAGACUUAAACUUACAAUAACUUAUAGUAAAUCUAAACCUUAACACUAUAUACAGAACACCACACCAGAAGGAAGAGAGAUGGAAAGAGAAAGUGGAACCCGGGCUCCUUUUGGCCUUCCUUUUAUAGCCAGCAUGACCUUGACAGAAAGAGAUAAGAGAGCCAGUUUAAGCCAACUGUACUCAGCUUCUCUGAAGGAAUAACCCAAACAUCAUUUGUUCACUUCACCCACCCCAAAUCAUUUCCAUUUUAUUUUCCCUUAAAAUAUAAGUUGGCUCUUACAUUUAAUGGGGGGGGGGGGAUGUCAACAGCCAGUUGUUUUUUCAAAAAAUAAAAAAAUGUUCAACAUACAGGUGGAAGAUUUGAUUGUAAAAUACAGGAAAAAGAAGAAAGUUGUGGCAGGAAUUAUCGUUGAGCCCAUUCAGUCAGAAGGAGGGGACAACCAUGCCUCAGAUGACUUCUUCAGAAAGCUGAGGGACAUUGCCAGGAAGGUUGGUAGAAAGCCAGACUUAAAAUUUGGGAUAUUGCCAAGCUUCCCAUUGUUUGUGGUGGGUUAAUUUCAAUGUUUGCUGUUGUUUGUUGUUGUUGUUGUUGUUACUUUUACUUGUAUCCCAAAGGCUAUGUACAAAUCCAGUCUGUUUUUUAUGCUGUUCCAAGAAUCUCUGUUCUAUCAUUUAUUUUUUAUUAUCUGUAUUGUAUUUAUGUAACUUUUGAUUUUUAUAUUGUAUAGAUAUUCUAUGUAUUGACUUUUGUGUUCUAUGUUAUAAACUGCCCUGUGGUCUUUCAGUGCAGGGUGGUAUAUAAAUUUAAUUAUAAUUAUUAUUAUUAUUAGUUUUCAGUUCAAGGAGACUGAAAUAUUAAUUAAUGUCAAAAACAGAGAGCAGGAUAGACUGCCUCCUCUCCACCCCCAAAAAAGAAUUAUGCUUAGAUGCACAGGUUGAAAACAAACAUGAUAACACAGUAAUUAUUUGGGGUUGUAUCCAAUGCUAAUCCUACUCUGAGUAGACUAACUCCACACCACUAAAAGAUAGGCAGAAAAUUUUAAAUCCAGAGGCCCAGGUGAAUAAAAAUGUUUUUGCCUGAUACCUAAAAACAGAUAAUGAUGGUGCCCUGAGGAGAGUAUUCCACAAGCUGGGAGCCACCACUAAGAAGGCCAUUUUUGUGUCAUUACCCUCUGCACCUCCAUCAGAGGAGGCAUGUGGAGAAGGGCCUCAGAUGAAGAACGCAGGGUCCCAUCGGUCCAAGAACCCAUUUCUUAACUGCACAGCAAUUCUAUUGGUGGGAUGUGCAGUGCAGGCAUCUCAGAUGCUUCAUCCACAUAUCCUGUAAACUGCUGUCUCCUGCAGUCAUUGCAGGGAAGGCAGCAGGGAAACACCUGUCCUAUUCAGUUCCUUGUUUUUCCUCCUAACCCCACCUGCUGAGAGUCCCAGUUCUUUAUUUUACUUAGUCAUUGCGCUUACAUUCCACCUUUUACUCCAAGGAGUUCAAGUGGUGCACAUGGUUCUCCCCCUCAUUUAAUCCCCACGACAACCCUGUGAGGUAGGCUAGCCUGAGAGGCUGUGACUGGCCCAAGGUCACCCAGUGAGCUUCCUGAGUUAGAUUUGAACCCUGGUCUCCCAGGUCCUACUCUAGCCCUCUAAGCACUACAUCACCACUGACUCUCCAAGUAAUUAACAUUGUCCACUCUCUCUGAGCAGCAUGGCUGUGGUUUCUUGGUGGACGAGGUGCAGACGGGAGGCGGAUGUACCGGCAAGUUCUGGGCCCAUGAACACUGGGGCCUGGAUGACCCAGCCGACGUGCUGAGCUUCAGUAAGAAGAUGAUGAGUGGCGGGUUUUUCCACAAAGAGGAAUUCCGGGCCAAUGCUGUAAGUCACAAAUAGGGAACCUUAGCUUUCAUUUGGUUCCACAUGCUGCCCUACAAUAUCUGUGCAGCUGCUUUUAAACCCCUAACCCCUCUCUCAGCUGACUCCCUGUUCAUUCUGUUAAAAAGUGCAUUAGACAAAUUGACAGGAAGGAUUCGAAACCUGCGGGACCAGAGAUUCUUAGAGGACUGGAGUAAAUAUUUGAAUUAUCUGAAAAGCAAUUGUAAUAAACAGAUUACUCUAGUAGGACUGCAAGAAGUUUUGUAAGGAGGAUUAUGCGAAAUAUUGCAAGGAAGAUUAUGAAGAGAAUAUUAGUUAAGCAUAAUUAAAAGUAAUAGAGAAAUUAAGAAAUGCAGAGUAAGUGAUAAAGAAUGGAAAAUCUUCAGAGGGAGUUGACAGAAGUCUAAAAUAUUGUAUAAGAUAUAAAUGUAUGUUAAAUGACUGUUGGAAAUGAUAUGUUUAAAAAAUUAAUUUAAAUGUUUUUUUUAAAAAAAAACAGUGCAUUAGAGGAAACUGAACCACACUCAACUCCAUUGAAGUGCAUGGAAUGUUUUGUUUAAGUGUUGGCAGGCAGCCUUGUUGCUUUGAUGGUGGGCAGCAGCCUGACAGAGGGGCCAAAGUCUCCUUCAAGUGUCUUAAUGGAUCAAGGAGCAAAGAUUUGCGAGGCAUUAUCUUCUUAGCUUGCACUGCUCUUAGUUAAACAUACUGGAGUCUGUUGGGCUAAGCAUUUCUUACAAUCUUCAUUGUUUCUCCUGUUCCCUUCCUCUCUCCUUCCAUACAUCUGCCCUGCAGCCAUAUCGGAUUUUCAACACGUGGCUUGGAGAUCCCUCCAAGAACCUUCUGCUUGCAGAAGUCAUUAAUGUUAUCAAAAGAGAGGAUCUUCUCAGCAAUGUUACGCAUGCAGGGAAAGCUCUGUUGUCAGGGCUGCUGGAUUUACAGGUAAGCCGCCGUGCAGAAAUUUUUAUCAAGUGCUGUGCCAUAAAUUGUGAUUUAUUUAUUUCUUUAUGGCUGGAGGCAGUAAUGCUUUUGAAAACCAGUUGCUGGAAACUGCAAAAGGGGAAAGUACUCAUGUGCUCAAGUCCUACAUGCGAGUUUCCCUUUGAGGCAUCUUAGUGGCCUAAUCCAGAAAGACUCUUCCUACGUUGAUUAAAUCCGCAUGGGUAGGGUACAGGGUUUUUGAUGCACUUUUGAGGUGGCCAAGGGCAGUUUGUGAGCUUCCUGUGAUUCUACAAAUCAUCUCACUAUUAAGCUACAAACAUAUAUAUAUGUACCACUCUUGCAGGUGCCAAUGCUAGGCUGGUGCUUAAAUCACAACAGUAGGUUUUGAAAUGCUAAAGAAAUCCCAGAGUGCCCCAAGAAUGAGGCCAAGAAACAGAUGCCUCUUCUGCAGAGGAAUGAAACCUUUGACAAUCUGGGGGACAGAUUUUAGCACAGCACUAAUUGGCCAGUUCUUUGUAUUGCGGUUGAGCGGGUAUUAUAAGAAUAAGAAAUCCAGGAUUGGGUUGCAAUCAAAGCCCAAGCUUUUUAGAAGAUGCUGACAUUUUAUUUGGUGAAAGGCUUCCGGGAAAUGAUAUACAAUGAAUUGAAAAAGAUGUUAAAAUAUACGUUUGUGAAAAAACCAGAGGCCUUCCUAUUAGGAAUGGUAGGAAACGAAAUUAAUAAGAGAGACUGUAAACUGUUUCAAUACGCAGUGACUGCUGCAAGGAUACUUCUGGCCCAAAGAUGGAAGCAGGAAGAAAUUCCAACAGUGGAAGAAUGGAGAAGGAAAUUGACUGAAUAUGCAGAAUUGGAUAAAUUGACUGGGAAGAUUCGAUAUCAGAAAGACCAAAAGUUUAUCGAGGACUGGGGGAGAUUUACAGAAUAUCUGAAAAACAUAUGUGAUGUACAGACAACGCUUGUUGGUUUUGAAGAGGCUCUGUGACAUAGUAAGAAAUAGUGCAAAAAAGAGAGUAAGAGGAAAAGGAGUUCUAAAAGGCAAUAUUAUGUUUAGAAAUGCGAUAACAAACAGAUAUUUUACGAAAGAUUGACAGAGAAACUGAGGGAAGUCGAAAACUGAAGAAUGAGUGUUAAAUAAUGUGUUGACUGUAUAAAAUUGUUUGGAAAAUGAAUAAAAUUAUUUUUUUUUAAAAAAAAAAGAAUAAGAAAUCCAGGAUUGGGUUGCAAUCACAGCCCAAGCUUUUUAGAAGAUGCUGACAUUUUAUUUGCAGAGAGAAUAACAUCUUAGUUACAUCAGGGGCAGAGAACCUAUUCCCUCCCCUCCAAAUGUUGCCAGACUCCAACUCCCAUCAGCCUCAGCCAGCCUAACCAGUGGCCGGUGUUGAUGGGAGUUGUAGUCCAUCAGUGUCUGGAGGACUACAGGUUUCCCAUCUCUGUUUUACAUGGACUCAGCCACUGUGGCUUAACCCUCAAUAUUUCCUCAAGCCAUAGAUGUGUAAUUGUGCAAACUGGCUGUUACUGUGAGUGCUGGUAACACAGCCAAAUCCAUGUACAGUAUCCUCUGCCGCAAACAAACUAUCACUGCUUCCAGUCACUGUGUGGUGCAAGUAACACGCAAUCUCCAGUCGGCAAGGUGCAAGCAAAGCCCUGCCUUCUCCGGCAGUUUAGCAGGGUGCAAGGACUGCUUUGCACCAACAAUACCUUCUGUUCUCACUUGCAGUAAGAAGACACCAGCUCCGUUUAUUCAGCGAGGUGACAGCAAAGCUGUCUUCUGCAGCCUGGCUUCUCGUCCUGUGAUUCAGCAGGGUUUAGAUUAACAGCUGGCAACACCACAGUGUAAUAUACAACUGAACUGCAGCUGUGAAAAAGGCAGAUUUCAUCUUAGAAAUCCUAAGGAGAGGGGCUGAAAAUAAAACAGCCGAUAUUGUUAGGCCGUUACACCUUUCUUUGGUGACACCUGACUUGGACAGCGCUGGUCACUUCACUUCAAGAAGGAUAUUGUGAAGCUCAGAAGUUUCAGAAAACGGGAUCAAAAAUGGCCAAGGGGUUGGAGGAAGGUUUACAAGGACAGGGGCAUUUUAGUUUAGGGGAAAAGGCAAGUUAACAGGGGGACAUGACAGUGGUAUAUAAAAUUAUGCAUGGUGUAGAGAAAGGAGAUAAUGCUCUCCUACAUACACUCUGGUCAGCGACUGAAAUGAACCGAUUCAUUCUCCUGCAUAAUUUAAUAAUAAUGCAGUCAUCCAAUGAAUCUGAAUGUUAGGAGAUUCUGGACGGGCAAAAGUACUUCUUUGCACUCGCUCCCAUGGGAGGCAGUGAUGGCCACCAAGUUGGAUAGCUUUCAAAGAGGAUUAGACAAAUAGUAGGGUUCCCAUAUUUCAAAGAGUGAAAAUCUAGACACAAAAGUAAUUUAAAAAAAUAAAUAAAUGAUUUUUUUUGAGCUAUUUCUAAGGAAAAUCAGCAAAAACGACAUUGCCGAUGUGGGUUGCCAUACGUCCGGAUAUUCCUGAACGUUUUGCCGAUUUCCACCCGGACACAGCUUCCUACUACAGUAUUCCGUGUAUGUCUGGGAAAUUCCGGCCAUAUGGCAACGCUACAAAUGCAGGAAGGAGAAGGAAUUGCAAGCAUGGAGUGUGCUGUUGCACUCAGAUCCUGCUUGUGGGUUUCCAUCAGCUGUUGGCUGGAUGAUGCUGGACUAAAUGGGCUUUUGGCCUGAUCCAGCAAACUCACCUUUGUCUUACAAUAAAGCAGCAGCAGCCUUUGAAGUUGCCACUAACAAUAGCCAUUUUUGUUAGGUACUAUGUGUGUUUUGGGGUCUCUUUUUAGCCUUGGGUCUGGACGCCACGCUAGAGGCUUCUCCCAGAGAAGGCAGCUCCCUGGUCCACUACUAAUCCUGCCUUCUCUGUUCAUAGCAAAAGCAGAGUUAGAACUGACUUAAAUUCUCCUUCCUUCUUUUCAGAGCCGCUACCCACAUCUGAUGAGCAGGGUGCGAGGGCGAGGGACCUUCUGUUCAUUUGACACUCCAAAUGAUGCUAUCAGGAACAAGCUUAUUGUACUAGCCAGAAACAAAGGUAAGGCUCUGUGGGGUUUGUAGCUGCACCUGUUUCCUUGUUUCUCAUCUCUUUGAGUCUCAAGGAUUUUGGCUAUUCUGCAUAGCCAGUGGCCCAGUGAUGGUGGGAGUUGUCAUCCAGUGGCAUCAAGCAGCUGCAUAAUUGCUCUCAUUUUGCAUAAUAGAUCUCACCGAUUUCGUUUUUUAUUUAAUGCUACUAGUGACAAAAGGGCAGCGAGGUCCAGCCUGCAACCAGUGAAAACCUUGAUCUCGUUGGCAUCAGAGUUCACUGCUAUUCUCCACACACGUUCAUGCAUAUUUUAGCAGCAGUAAGGACUAGAAACUUACUUUAAGAAACAAACAGAAUGGAGAGUUUCUUAUUUGUUUUUAAUUUAUUGUAAAAUAAACUUAAUUAUGUAUUAUAAAAUAAUGCAUUGCAAAACACGGAACAAUUGAUCCUGUGGAUUUAUAAUACUUAUGGAAGUUGUUCCAGCAUUCCACAAAAGAUGAUCACUUUGGUAAACAAACCCUCCAUGUUACGAAGUCUGUUUUCAAGUCUGCAGAUUAUUUUGUUUUGGCAAUCACAAACCAAGUAACUCGGUGGUGGAUUUCAGGCUUUAAAAUUCCAUCAGCACCCUGUGCAACAUCUAAAUUUGAGCGGCCCGCCUCUUGCCUUCUGAUGCUUGUCGUCACGCUGCCCCCUGCAGCACCCUCUCCGCUGGGCAUCCAGUGCGAGUGAACCAGUUGCACUCCCCUAAAUCUGACCCUGAAUAACUUCUUUGAAAUCAGAAAGAAAAAGCAGAAAAUGUGAGUCACAUCCAAUGACCAUUAAAGCCUGCCCACUGAAAUUAAAGGACGUAGUGUAGCCUUAUGAGGCUUUGCCCUCGGGUGGGAAAAACAUUGCGUGCUAACUUAAGUCCAUGAUUUUCAAGGGGUCUGUGCUGAGCAUAAUUUAGUUUUCUGUUAGAAGGAGGGAUUUGGUGCAAAGUGUACAUUCCUCUGCUUGUAUGCUGUCUGACUAAAGAGCACAAGGCAUUUCUAAACCGUGUUUUCCUGUCCUUAGGUGUCGUGUUAGGAGGCAGCGGCGACAGAUCAAUCCGUUUCCGGCCUACUUUGGUCUUCCGCGACCACCACGCACACCUCUUCCUGAACAUCUUCAGCGACAUCUUGGCAGACUUCAAGUAGCCGAGUCUUACCUUGCACUGAGAGAGCCCAAAUCCUAUAAGAGUCUGAGAAUAGUUUAUUUAAAAUCAUAAACAUAUAUAUAAAUAUAUAUAUAUAUAUUUUCACUAAUAGGAAAAACCGAAUUCAUAAAGUGGGGGGGUUGUUUUGUUUUUCAAAUGUUUGUUUUAUUUUUCCAUGCUUAUCACCAAUUCGAGCUGCUUCCAACUUAAAACUCUGGACACCCUCUGGUGCUUUUGAAAUUCCUUGCAAGUAUUCUCAGUUCUGGGCAGCCGACCUGUUCAGGGUGGGGACUUAAGAGUUGUUCAUUAUCUUGGUUAGGACACAUGCUAGAUGUUUGGUGCAUUUAGUCUCUGAAGCGGGAUUCCUGAGAGCUUCUCAGCGUUUAUAACAACAAAUUUCCUACCCUUAAGGUGGCAGUGAGACUUCUGAAAAUGCACACCUACUGCCACUGAUCCAGAGCUCUGUAUACAUACCAAUGCAGAUGGGAGCAGCUAUUCAUGCACAUCCAUGCACACCCCAGAGCCCCCAGACCCACAAAUAUUCACUGACUGGAGCCAACUGUGUUUGUAUUUAAGCAAUUGAAUCAUUCCCCCCUCUAUUUCGUAAAAAACACACCUUUUUUUCUUUCCUUGCAUAUAUGUCCCGUUUUUCUUCUUCUGUGGUACCAAAGGUGGUAUCUGCCAGGUUCCCAGGACAUCUCCCAUCCAAGCACUGACUGGACUCAGACCUGCUUAGCUUCAGCUUGCUUGCCUUUGGACUCAGACCCUGGGUCUGAGUUUCCUUUUCAGUUCCCCGUUGCAUUUCCCUAUAUGCAGCUCACCAGAGGCUUAUACCCAAUUUCUCUUUGAUGCAGUUUCCUAACCCAGCAUGGGUCACUGCCCUUGAGCAUUGUAUAUGUUUGGGAUCGCUACCCCAACCCUUUUAGUGGAGAUGUCAGGCACUGAACUUUGGACCCCUGGCCAGUGAGCUCCUCCUUAAUAAAGAGAGGUUCCUUUUUAUACCUACCACACUUCCUGUGCCAAAUAUCUCUGCCAGCACAGAACUCUCCUUCGCUGGAGGAUUUUAAGCAGAGCUUAAGUCAGAGAUUCUUUAGCUAUGAUUCCUGCAUUGCAGGGGGUUGGACUAGAUGGCCCUUGGGGUCCCUUCCAGCUCUGGAAUUCUGUGAUUCUACUAAAGUCACAUUGGUGAGACUAAAUGAUGUAGAUGGUGCUUCCGAAGGCAAACAUCUGGCUUGGUGCAAAAGGUCCCGAUUUGCACAUUUAGAAAUGCACAAUGAACAGCCCUGUUGCAAAGGUGCAGAAAGGCACCCCUCAUCUGUCGGAACCAGAAUACUAAUUUCUCUUAGCAAUGCCUAGCCUUUUGCAGAUGAAACAUGGCCUGCGUCAACUGGUGAACACACCAGCUCAUUGAACGUGGGGCAGUUUUUGAUGACCUUCCCAUUUUACAAUCCCAGGCAGGCAGCAAAAGCAAAUGGUCCGUCCUGCCACCCCAGGCCUGCAGCUGCAUGUGGCUGGACUGUGUUUUAACCUUGAAGCAUUGUCACUUGGCCUCAAAUAUCUUCCAUGCUGGGGCGAUAUGUCGCACACAGAUGUCCUUUUGCCAAUUUCGGUGUCCAGAGAGAGAGAUGGGGGAGAGAAGCAGCAGAGUUUGUGAGUGUGGGUUUUGAAGUUUUGGGGUUUUUUUACAAGGUUGUCUGCUAAGCAGAAAGUGUGGACUUUUGUAUGGAUUGGGAGAAGAUGAUAUGUUUUAAGGAAAGUAACACACACACACACACACACACACACACACACACACACAGCACUAAAUAAUUUUCAAAUAACUUCCUCAGCACUUUUAACACUGAUUUUAGGUUUCUAGACUUUAUGGUUGUAAUACACAAGUAUGCGGCUUGCUUGUGCAAAACUGGGCCAAACUCCAUGUGCUUUUUUUUAGAUACUGUGCCUUUAUUCUGCCCCACCUCCCCUCCCACCAUGCAUACCCUUCUCAUAAAUGGAGUUCAUUAUGGGAUGAAGAGAGAGAGAAAUUCACCCUCCUCUACUCAAAAUGCACUAUCACAACUCCUUACCUUGCUGUCCCUGUCAUUCAGUAUUGCCUGAAAAGUGGGGAAAGACAAACAUGUGAUCAACAGAAAGGGGGUCUUCUGUAUGCACCCCCCAAAAAAACCCCCACAUCCUGUGCUAUGUCUCCUAUUUCCCUUUUAUGACAACAUCAGCAGCAGGACCUGCUCUGCCAUUAGGCAGAGGAUGAAAAAGCCAUUUCAGGCAGCUGAUUCAGUGUGUCCUGAAAAAUCAGCAUUCAGGACUGCUUAAUUUAUUAUUGCCAAGGAUGGGGAGAGGUGGCUGUGUGUCUCAGGUGCCAAAAUAACUUGUCUGGCAAGGGGUUUCAGGCAUGGAGGGUUCCCUAGUCCUACCUGGAUCUUCUGCAUGCCAAGCAGAUGUUCUGCCACUGGGUUAUGGCCCUUCCUUUUAGGAACAUAGAAAGCUACUUUGUGUUGAGUCAGACCAUUGAUCCACCUAACCCAGUAUUGUCUACUACACUGACCAGCAGGGGUUUUUAAGGAUUUUGGGCAUGGAAUCUCUCCCAGCCCUGCUUGGAUAUGAUGGAGAUUGAACCUGCAAUGCUUGACCACCAGAGACAGGAAACAGCACACAGUGGGGUUAUUCCCACUUCCUGGGAAUCUUUGACUAAUCCUUGUGGUUAUGAUACUUGGAAGCACUUAGGCAAUGACUUCUAAAUCUCAGAAGUCAGGGAGAUGGCUGAACGAGAUUUGCAGGGGUUGAGGGAAGGGCUUCAGAUCCUUUCCCCCUCUCCCUUGCCCCCCACCUGCCAUGAUAAGCAAAUCUGGAAUAGCAAAAUUAUAGCAAUGCUGAACAAUCUAUGCAAAGGAGAGAGACCACGGCAUGAUUUAUGCAAUCACAAAAUUGCCAGGACCUUUUCAGUAAGCGGCCUAGGAAGAAGCAGGUGGAGCCUUCAUUGGCUGCUUUGUGUCACCAGACCUGCUGAUAGCUGCAUUGCCACCCUUUGGCCAUUUGCAAUGGGGGCGCUGUAGGGCAGCAGGUCUCCCAUUGAUCAAACUGCUGCAAUUCCACAGCAGGGCGCCUGCACUUGACUGCUGGAAUCCCCAGUUCAAGACUCCCCUGGCACCUUGCAAUAGCAGUAUCGUACCAGUCUGUAUCCUUGGGUACCUGGUAGCUAAAUAGCUCCAAUAAUCCUGAGUGCUCCGAGUCAUUAGUUCAACAGGCUAAUUGCUUCUUCCUCACAUUUCAUUUUAUACUGCCCCUGCCUUUGAUGCUAUUCUUAAUGUCCAAAGAACUCCUUUACCUAUGGGGAUAGGAACGUAUACACCCAAAGGUUCCAGGCCUCUUGGUGCAUAAGAAAGAAAGCUUAUCCCACGGCUUGUGACACUUAGCAUUUCAAAACAUAGUUGGGGUGGGGGUACUGAACUCCUUAACGCUCCUGCCCUUGGAAGACUGGAUUUCUUCUGCAUGUUUUUCCAGACAUUUCCCCGCAAGCACCCAUGCAUCAAAGUUUAAUCUCUGCCGCAUCUUUAGCAGGUUGGAGACCUUUGGGAAAGAAGCCAGACUCCAUUGCCAGUAGCAGGGAAUCAAGAGUCCUUCAGCAUAUCAGCGCAAUUGAUGUUGUAGGCAUCUGUAGUGAGUCUUGUACUUUAGCUGUGAUUCCUGCAUUGCAGGGGGUUGGACUAGAUGACCCUGGGGUCCCUCCCUGCUGAUGGAACCCCAAGAUCUGGUAACCUGCACAUUUGCCACAUUCUUGUUUUAUUGUUCAUAAAAUAACUUCUCCGCCUGUCCCGUUUCUUCUUUUAAAGUAAUUUUUUUAAUGGAACACUGUUAACUGUGAACACUUGUGCACAACCUAACCAUGGUUCUCAGACCAUGGUGGAUGCUUUAACCUAGGGAAGCUCUAUGGUGUUAACAGACAUCCUUUUUUUUUAAAAAAAGAAAGUAAUAAUCUUUGUUUACAGCCUCUCUGUUAACUGUGCCAAAUUCAUGCGUGAGCCAGUACCUAACUUGAUGUAGCCAGUUACCAUGUCGCACAGAUCCAUGAAAUAACGUUUCCUGUGUUAAUCAGUAUUCUUAAAAUAAAAUAUUUAUAACUGAAAUCUGACGGGAGUAGAGGUGUUCUUUUAAAACAGGGGGAGACAUUUGGGGCCAACGAGUCUGAGGUGUGUGGGGUGACGACAACAUGCCAGUGAGGGACGGGGGCAGAAGUAAAGGAUUAGAAUGUUUAUAAAACACAAGUUCGUAAAAUCCUGCAUGGUGGAUUGAGAAAGGUUUUAUUCCUAUUUUGUAACACUAGAACUUGUGAACGUUCAAUGAAGGUUGGAAGGUUCAGCAUAAAAGGAAGUUGUUCAUGCAGCUCACGGUUAAACUGUGGAACUCACUGCCACAGGAGGCAGUGGUGGCUUUGUUGGACAAAUUCAUGGGGAGAAGGC